UAUAGUGUUCUUAACACAGCCCGAGUUGGAAUCAAACGAACCGGAACAGGAAAAGGUAGGAGUUUGUUCAUUUUUAAAGUUACGUACACAAAAGACUGUUAACAAUAUAACUUUAAGAACAUUUUGAGGGCCAAGCUAUAAUUCCUGAUGAAUUAAAAUACAAUAGAAGACAUCAAGAACAUUUGUAAAAGACCUAUGACACACAAUAUUUAUGAUGCCUGCUGUAUUCUGAAAGGGUCUACCUGACCCAAAAUCACACUAUACAACAUAAGGGAUUACAUAGGAUUUGUGGAUUCCAAUAAAUCCACAAAUGUUGGGUCCCCACAUAUUUUAAAAUAUAUAUGAAACGUUUUGUGAAUUUGAGACAAAGGAUAUUUUAUUUUAAAAAAACAACAACAACAACGGCGCCUUUGUUUUGCCCUUAGUUUCCUAAACACGUCAAUGAUGUUAUAAAAAUCAAGCUUCCACCCUAAAAGAGGCUCAAUGUCUAACAAGAGCAGAUUCCUGGUUCUCGCCUGUACCAUAGUCAACAUCAUAACUGCAUUGAUCAAUUUUAGCGUGCUGGAUGACCUCUCUGCUGUUGGAACAUUUACUAGAAUUGAACAAAAGUACGCAAUGCAAUCAUCACAAUUUUUUUUAAAAUUUCACACAGCUUAAUUAUGAAAUUUCGUUUAUCAUUUGAUUAGAGAAAUUGACUUUGCUCCAAGUUUGGAGGACGAAUUUGUAAUAAAUGAAAACAUUUUUCCACCUAAUAAGUCUCAGAAACAGUUGAAGAACAUGUAAUGAAAAAGACAGUGCAAGAACUUCCAAUUUCAGCCUUAAACAUGACGAAGUAAUUUUACAAGAAGCUGAAUAUAGCUGCAAUCUAAUUAACUCCUGUAACGCGAGCCAUGAGACCUGCUACAAAGGAAGCAAUAAAAGUGUAAAAAAAAAAAGUUUUACAAUACAGCUGCGCUCUCAACGCUUCUAUACGCCUCGAAAAUAGACAGUAUAUCAAAGCCAUUUUAGGAAGCUAAGAAACUAUCUAUCAAAGCCAUUUUAGGAAGCUAAGAAACUAUCUAUCAAAGCCAUUUUAGGAAGCUAAGAAACUAUCUAUCAAAGCCAUUUUAGGAAGCUAAGAAACUAUCUAUCAAAGCCAUUUUAUGAAGCUAAGAAACUAUCUAUCAAAGCCAUUUUAGGAAGCUAAGAAACUAUGUAUCAAAGCCAUUUUAGGAAGCUAAGAAACUAUCUAUCAAAGCCAUUUUAGGAAGCUAAGAAACUAUCUAUCAAAGCCAUUUUAGGAAGCUAAGAAACUAUCUAUCAAAGCCAUUUUAGGAAGCUAAGAAACGAUCACACGAUGAGCCUCCACAAAAAAUCUUCGACAUCAAAUGGAAGAACAAGAUUCCGAACACUGAAAUCCUGGCACAAGCAUGUCUGCCUAUGUUUUGUACUUCUCCUAGCUCUGUAUGAUUCCUUUCAAAAAAAAAUAUUUCGGCUAUGAACGCAUAACUUUAAAGUUUGAUUUUAGAUGCCUAUUAGUUUCGACGACUUCAAUGCGUUGCUAGAUAGUUCGUUAACACAAAGUAUACACAGUCUCAGUAUCAUCGUCAGUGGUGUGUCACGCUUGGGGUGCAGGUGUACCACGUGAAAUCAAGGGAUUCAAACUUGCAAGAUUUUUUUUUUAAAUUAACGUUGUCGUAACGUUAGGCAGAGUAGUAAUUUCCCUCUGUUGCCAUUUUUAACUGUCACCUGGCAUCAUGUCCCCACAACCUAUAUAUAUUUUUUAGAAUCAUAAUUAGAUUUGAUGUUGCUGGUGUAAGCAUGAUCUUGUAAAACCUAAUAAGUUAAAAUUUGAAUUUGGUUAGGUACUUUUUUUUUGUGUCGUCUUUAAAUUGAUAGGAUUCUUGCUUUUUUUUUUUUUUUUUUUUUUUUUUUUUUUUUUUUUUUUUUUUUUUUUUUUUUUUUUUUUUUUUUUUUUAAAUUUAAAUCUGGCACAUAGCGACACCUUACUAGCCUACUCAUGAUGCUUACAACGCAGGGUACAUUUUCGUUCAAAUUUUGACAGUUCUGCAGUUUAUUUACCAACUUUGUGCGAAACGGCAACGUAUGUCUCUCAGAACACUAUCUGAUGAACGAUUCAUCACACAAUUUGUGUACAGUUUAACUUUUGCUGGUGUCAGUAUGAACUCUGUACCUACAUGAAGCUAAGAACACUGUACCUAUAAUACAUGUCGCCUUGGCACAUUUAAAUAUAAUGAGAUUUGGAUGAUGAGGAAACAGUACUUGUACACAACAGUGGUGAUAUUGAAGACAAAUACAAUUUCCAACCCUUGGGUCUCUAUUUACUCCAUAGCCUCGGAGUCUGCUCGGCCCUGUCUCAAACACAUAGAGUCUUAACAUUCCCCUUCAUCAAUCACUUUCCCACGAAACACUGUCCUGGCCCUAUCAAUCACUGUCCCAUUUAUCACUGUCCCAUCAAUCACUGUCCCAUCAAUCACUGUCCCAUCAAUCAGUGUCCCAUCAGUCACUGUCCCACCAAACACUAUCCCAUCAAUCACUGCCCCUUCAAAAACUGUCCCAUCAAAAAACUGUCCUAUCAAUCAUUGUCCCAUCAAACACUGUCCCAUCAAACACUUGACUCUCAAAUUUUAUCCAAUCAAAUACUAUCGGAUCAAACACUGUCCCAUCAAAAACUGUCCUAUAAAACAAUGUCCCAUCAAACAGUGUCCCAUCAAACACUGUCCCAUCCAAACGUUCCUCUCAAACACUGUCACAUCAAACACUGUAACUUGAAACACUGUACCAUCAAGAAUUGUACCAUUAAACACUGUACCAUAAAAUACAGUACCAUCAAACACUGUACCACCCAUUGACGUACUUAAACUUAAUGAAACCAUGCAUGCUUAACUUAAAAUCAAUUGUAAAAAAUCAUAAUUAAAAACAAUUUUAAAUUAUUGAAAAGUAUGAUUACCAUUAUGUAUAUGAUGUAUAUGUUUAUGCGCAAUGAUUAUGCGUUGCACAAAAUAAAUAAAUAAAACAUUUUUUUUUGAAUCCUCGAUUUCUUUAAUAUCAACACGAGGAUGGCAUAAAUGAGUAUAAAAGACAAGAUGAGUCCAGCACUACUUAUCACAUGUUGUGGGAGGGGGGGGGGGAUUUCCCGCUUGCAAAUUUGGGGCGUGUGGCAAUUCAUUAAUGGUAAUAGAGAUAUUAAUUAUUAUCAAGAUCAUUUGGGUCAUUAACGUUAUAAUGCGUUGAUAUUGUCUUGGGUCACCAAUUUCACCAGUGUCCCGAUAUUGUCUUAGGUCACCCAUUUCACCAGUGUCCCGAUAUUGUUUUAGGUCAGCCAUUUCACCAGUGUCCCGAUAUUGUUUUAGGUCACCCAUUUCACCAGUGUCCCGAUAUUGUUUUAGGUCACCCAUUUCACCAGUGUCCCGAUGUUGUCUUAGGUCACCCAUUUCACCAGUGUCCCGAUAUUGUUUUAGGUCACCCAUUUCACCAGUGUCCCGAUAUUGUCUUAGGUCACCCAUUUCACCAGUGUCCCGAUAUUGUCUUAGGUCACCCAUUUCACCAGUGUCCCGAUAUUGUUUUAGGUCACCCAUUUCACCAGUGUCCCGAUAUUGUUUUAGGUCACCCAUUUCACCAGUGUCCCGAUAUUGUUUUAGGUCACCCAUUUCACCAGUGUCCCGAUCUUGUCUUAGGUCACCCAUUUCACCAGUCUCCCGAUAAUGUUUUAGGUCACCCAUUUCACCAGUGUCCCGAUCUUGUCUUAGGUCACCCAUUUCACCAGUGUCCCGAUAUUGUCUUAGGUCACCCAUUUCACCAGUGUCCCGAUAUUGUCUUAGGUCACCCAUUUCACCAGUGUCCCGAUAUUGUUUUAGGUCACCCAUUUCACCAGUGUCCCGAUAUUGUCUUAGGUCACCCAUUUCACCAGUGUCCCGAUAUUGUCUUAGGUCACCCAUUUCACCAGUGUCCCGAUAUUGUUUUAGGUCACCCAUUUCACCAGUGUCCCGAUAUUGUUUUAGGUCACCCGUUUCACCAGUGGCCCGAUUCCCCUGGUGCACGAUGUCGCCCCGACCAGUCCACCGCCGUGUCUGACCAAGGAGUGUGUAACCAUGAGCAGCUACAUCUUAAACAAGAUGGAUUUUUCUGUCAGCCCCUGUGAGAACAUGUAUCUCUACGCUUGUGGUGGACUGCAUGCCAAAACUAAGUUUCAUAAGUAUGUGGACAUCUAUGCCCCUGUAAUAACAGAUGGACUUUUCGAUUAUAAAGUGGGAAAGGUAUAUUUUUUUAAAAUGCUAAAUUGUAAAUUAAAUCGUUUCUUUUGUAUUGCUUUGAAAUUAGAUACAAUUUAAACUUUUGUUUGAGCACAAUUAAAAUAGCGCGUCUGGUUGCAACGCCAUGAUGUAAUUUGGUUUAAAAAUGGCUCCUAUAUUCAACAAUGCAAAGAGUAUUUGUUAUAUCCUACAUUAUGAAGCGGUUUCCAUGUUACGCUAUGCUCUAAAAAGCUGCUUUCUUGCUACACAAGACAGUAUAAAAUUUUCUUUUGCUAAAUAUAAUAGUUAAGAAAAAUGAUUUAUUAACAUCUUACGGUAUGAAGCUAUUUUAUUUUUUACAUCCAUAAAUUUCACUCGUUUGCUUCAAAUUCAUUAUGCAUCAACAGUAUAAUACUGUUACAUUCUUGCAUCAACAGUAUAAUACUGUUACAUUCUUGCAUCAACAGUAUAAUACUGUUACAUUCUUGCAUCAACAGUAUAAUACUGUUACAUUCUUGCAUCAACAGUAUAAUACUGUUACAUUCUUGCUUCAACAGUAUAAUACUGUUACAUUCUUGCAUCAACAGUAUAAUACUGUUACAUUCUUGCAUCAACAGUAUAAUACUGUUGCAUUCUUGCAUCAACAGUAUAAUACUGUUACAUUCUUGCAUCAACAGUAUAAUACUGUUGCAUUCUUGCAUCAACAGUAUAAUACUGUUACAUUCUUGCAUCAACAGUAUAAUACUGUUACAUUCUUGCAUCAACAGUAUAAUACUGUUACAUUCUUGCAUCAACAGUAUAAUACUGUUACAUUCUUGCAUCAACAGUAUAAUACUGCUACAUUCUUGCAUCAAAAAGUACUAAUAAUGUUACAUCCUCUAAUGCGGGAUGAUAUUGUUUUCGUUUAGCCCGUAAAUCAUAUUUUCAAGGCAGGUCUCUGCCCCCCCCCCCUUCAUUUCUUGGGCAGCCGACCACCAGGUGGUCCAUCAUUUCGUCGGCCUGGGAAAAUAUCGUCAGUUUGGAUCCCUUCUAGUAUCUAAUCGGUGGAGAUAACUGCGCGUAACACAAUGGCCUGUCACCAUCUGGAUGAUGACGCUGUAAUCUUGUCUCUUGAGCUCCACCAUGUAUGGCUUUUGCUCAGUCUUGGCAUUCUCUGUUAGAGCUGUCGUCCUGAAUUCCCUUCAGCCCAGCCGUUUAGCUCACGCUACUGGGUCAUUGAUUUAGGACUUUACCGCCUUUGGCAUGGAUGCCUCCUAUUGUAUUCAGAAUGGCGCAGAUCACUGUAGUCUCCAUCGAGCCCCUUGCCACACUCUUAAGAACAGAGCAUGAGUCAAUGAAGACUAGAAUGUCGGGUAAGCUUUUUCUCCUUGCUAAGAAUUGGGGAACUCUCUUAAAGGACACCAGCAUCGCUUCUAGUUCGGCAUCGAAGCUGUUUCUUUUUUUUUUUCACUGGGCUCCGAUAACUCCUGGGGUGAAGCUAUCUCGUUUGGGUAUUGAAUAAGUGCCUCGUAUCUACAGUAAGGUUCUCGGGCGAAGCAUGAGCGGUCCGUGAAGUCCUUGACUUUGCAGUUCGGAUAGUUUUCAAUCUUUCUUAGAGUUUUAUCUUUGUUCUAAUUGGGAGUUUGAUUUUGCAAGUUCGAGACAAAGCUCAGGUAGGAUUAGGCUUUCGUGGGGGACCCGUGCCGGGAUCACCCUCACACUCUCAUUGCUUUUGGGUAAAGCUAGAUCUCCCUUGAGAUCGUUGACCGCGUUCUUAAAGGAUGGUCUCUUUAGCCUGACUUAUUUAUCCAUUUGUUCUGUAACUGAAGGCAGGGUUCCUGCCUGUCCUUGCGCCGGUAUCACUCAACCAUCUUUAGGACUGCCUUUUUCCUUUCAGUAUCGAUUGUUUCUACGCCUGCUACAAUUUCUACUGCGGCUAUUGGGUUAGUGCGUAAAGCCCCACACACAAAUCUUAGAGCUCGGUUUUGUUUGCGGUCCAGAGUUCUUGAGGCGCGCGGUGCGCAAAGAUCUGGGGCGGGAAGCUGUAGACCAUUGCACCUCUCUCGCUAACAAGAUAGAGAAGUCCGCCCACGUGUGAAGCUUUAGUGAACCGUCUCCUCGUAUUUACGACCAUUUUCUACCCGUUAGUUGGGCCUUCCAAUAUGUCUAGGUCGCCCUAAAAGUGGAUUUGCAGUUGUUUGACAUCCUUACCUUAGAUUCAAGCUACUAAUAAAUCAGCGAAUGUGGCGUUCUGGGACUCCAACUGUUUGGUCAACAAUAUAGGCGAGUGUACAUCUUAGGGCUUACAACUGCGCGAGUCCGUCCUCAAGGACAAGUUGAUUUGACAAGCUUUGGUUAACACGUGGGCAAUUAAUCGGUUCUGAGGAAAUUUCUCUGCCAAUUUGUGAAUCUGGACUUUAUAAAUGAGGCCCGCGAGCUAAACUUUGUCGUAUGCCUGUUGAAAAUAAAGAACACCGAGAUCAUGUGAUUUCUAAUUUCAAGUUCGUUGGUCAUCAACGGAUGAGUUGGUCCAUUGGUUUGCGGCUCUUGCGGAACCCACCAUGCGUUGGAGGGUGGCCCUGUUUCUUCUCUAAAAAUCAGUAGAGUCGUGCAUUUAUCAUUGGCUCAGCCACAUUCCCCAAAAACGAUAUUAGAGAAAUUGGACGGUGGCUGGCUGGCAAGUGUCGUGGUUUUCCUUAUUGGCAAUGAGAAUGACUAUUGCUUUUUUUACACGAUUUCCGAAUGCUGCUUGUAGUUCUAUUUAUGAGAGCCAGCACAAUUUCUUUCGAGCCUUUCCCCAGGUGGCUUAACAUUUUGUUUUGGACUUUGUCGGGCCCUGGAGAUUUUUACAUUUUGAACUUUCCUAGAGCUGUUCGCAAUUAUUGCAUGGUGAAAAGUUCUGCCAAAAAAUCUUGAUGAGACCAAACACGUUGGGAACGAGUGCCCUUCCUCCUCUGGAUUCUUACAUUGCGACAUUAGUCAGUCUCUUUGGCUAUUUUAUUCACUUGUGCGAAGUGCUUACUGGGCGGCCGUGUUCGUUUGGUGUCGCUCUCCUCAAUCGAUUUGUGGUUUUUAUUGGAUGGGUGUUCCUCGCCUUCCCCAUGCCAGAGAGUUUCCUCAUGAGUCACUACAAUUUUCUAAUGCAUUUACACACUUUAAUUUAUUUGCCUUCUGAACUGAAGUCCGGACUUCAGCCAUGCUCGAGCUGCAUGUGUAUUGUUCUUGACGAUUUGUUCUGGGCUUUUUCUUGUUGCUUAAUCAGUUCUUACGGGUCCUUUUCGGAAUAGCUUGAACUUUUGAUUCCCGUUCGUUUUGGGUAUCGUCUUUGUUACGCACUGGCUUCUAAUAUGAGAAAUUAAUCUCCUAUUUUAAUUGUAUUGGCUCGUUGUAAACAGUACCUAACAAAGAACGAUACCAUAGAGUCAACAAUAGUAGAGAUACGAAACCAAAACAAAUGCUAGUUACAAUUAAUAAGAUUUAUUAAGUCUUAAGAUAAUUACAAAAGAAAAGAAAAUAUAUUGACAAUCUUCAACUUACAGUAUGGUAGAUCUUGUACCGGUACACAGUUAACACAGAAUAAUGUGCCAAUGAAUAAUGAUGAAAUGCGAAAUAAACACAUAUGAGUAUGAGCACACAAAUACACAAAGAAUAAUACAUGCCUCGUAAAGUUAAUAAUAUCUAUCUGAACCUCUGUCUCUCCGUAUCUGUCAAUCCCUUAUAUACGUGUAGCGUAAGACGCUUCCAGAAAAGAAUUAUGAGGUGUUGUUAACAUUUCUCGGUUAUCGUGAAGAUUCGACAAGAUACCAGGAGAACAUACUACCCAAAGUGUGAUUGGCAGUGGUUGUAAACAAGAUACGUCAAAUAAUUUUUAAACCACGCCCACAACAAACGCUACCGUCUGCUAGGGAUCUAAUUUAGGCCAAGCAAGGCUCACGCACGGUAAAUGUGUGCUACAUAACUGUCUUACAUGCGGUGCUCCGGAUUUCACCAUUACACCUCAUGUAGAUGAAAUCGAUUUAGCCGGAUUCAACAUCUAUUUCAUUGAUCAUGGUCUUCGACUUUUUCUCAACCGUCCACAUCCAAAAGGAGCAACUGGUCCUAUUCGAAGCAGGCUUUAGUCGUGCCAAAGGUGACCUCUAACAUGUUAGAGAGUUGUUGCUUCUUAUUUCACUUGCAACUUCCAGACUGUGCUUGGACUCGAGGUCUGCUGAGAUAAGCUUUAGUUCCGGGCGUUGCUCCAUGCUGAGACUCGUGUGAAGAAGAGUGGGCGCACUCUCUCCGUCCUGAAGACUGAUUAGGUUUGUCUCAAAGCAGACCUCCUCGAUGCAUCUCCCGGGCGUGUCCCUCUCUACAUAUGCCAACAUUAGCGAUUGGACGUAAAAGUCUACCGCAAUAACACUAUUUUCUAACACUGUCUUCCCCGCGGUAGGUAGAGUAACCAUUAGUCACGGGAAAAGUUUUGACCAUUUCGGUUACCCUCACGCUAAAUGUAUUCGUGUUUGUGUCAUUCUUCACUUCCACUACCCGCGGCAUUUUCCACACUUGAGGUGGUAUAGCAAAUAUCGUGAGAUUAGGAAAGCAUUAACAUGUAGUAAGGUUUUCUGGAUUAAGGCUACAUUCACUUCACGUAAGUGGAGUAGUUUUGUUAUUUUGUGUGACUUCUGCCUUAUUGCACACACAUUAAACUUUACCACCACCUGGGCUUGUUUAGGAUGGUUUUUUGCUCCUGUUCUUCCAUGAUCAGUCACUGGGUGGCCUUGCGCUGUCCUGUCGUGCGUGACCUGACAGGCGUAAUGUUGAAAAUGUUGAAUUGCUAAGCUACUUCAAAAGGAAGCUAAUCAAAUAAGCAGAGGCGUCCAUCAAGGUUACCUCAACGUUUUAUUGUAGGAAUCCUACCAACAUGGAGCACUAGACAAGACAGCACAAAAACAUGACGACGCCUCACAACAGAUAAUGUGGUGUGCAAAGCAAUGCGUAAUCAACAUACAUUCAGUACUUUGUCAUUUUCCAACACGUCAGUCUGGGGUUGGUGCCCUGCAACCGCAAUAGUAGUCUUAGCCGUGUCGGCCCUGCGUCCCGACAGCGGCAGACAGGGGUUUACAAAGGUAGGUUGCGAAUCAUAGUUUGAAAAUUUUAGUGUACCCACCAUAAGAUUUGGUUUGGACAGAAUGCUUUUUCUCAUUGAGCCCGAGGCUUUGCGUCACAUAUUUCCUUGCCCAGUGAGUCAUACGGUCAAAACAUGUUAAUGUGUCGGGAGUUUUUUUUAGCUUCGAGUGAUCAUGUUCACUCUACUAGUCCGCCGUGCCACGUAGAGGCAAAGCCCUUGUGGACACCGUGGGAGCACCGCCUUAAUAUCUGGUGACAUAAAUCUGUGGUGUAAACGCGGAAGAGUCCUUACAAUAUUAUUAUGCUACAGGGGCGUUUAAAAAAAUGUGCAGUUGCGAUCCUUGCUGGUGGAGAACUGAUUAGGAUUCUUAAAAAUUGCGUUACUGUGUACGUGUUUUGUCAAACUUUCAGUCCUGUCACCCCUUUUCGACAUUAUAUUUUAUAGUGGAUUUUUUUUUCGAAAAACAUUUUGUAGGUGUGGUUUGACUAUUUUGUGAUGUCUUUUUUGAUCAGAUACGUUGUCUGUUUAUUUUUUUUUUCCGACCAGCCGACUUCUUUCAACUGUACACCUUCCGACUUUGGGUCCGUCGGUUUCUUAUGAGUACCUUGUUACUGAAGCUGUCUUGUGUCACAUCAAAUUACCCAUUUAAUCCGUUUCAUGUUUCAGAUAAUUGAAUCUAACAAGUCGCAUAUAUUCGGCAAGCAUUCGAGCGCACUUGUUAAGAUGAGAAGUUUCUACCAAACGUGCAUGGACGAGGAGCGUCUUGAAGAAAAAAGCAAACCAGGGAUUAUAAAUGUAAAUAGUUUGGACUUGUUCAUUACUUCCCACAAAAGUAUUUAAGUCUAUUUGUAGGAAAAUGCCACCACUUCCCCAAAAACCGUAUAAUCACAUCAAACGAAUUUUUUUUUUGAAAUUUCCUGUACAUAAUCUUUCUACACUCUAACAUACCGAGUGUCGUAAUAAUACAAUUUACAAAUGAAAGAAAGCCACAACAAAUCCUCAUAUGAUGGUCCCAGGAAACACAGUCAAAAACAGCCCACUGAUAGCCACUCCAUAUGUGUGUAGUAUAGCCACUCACUCUGUGUGUAAUAUAGCCACCCCUCUGGGUGUAAUAAAGCCACUCUCUCUGUGUGUAAUAUAGCCACUACCUAUGUGUGUAACUUCUCACACAGAAGAAGGUCUGCAGGGGCUGGUUAAUCGCCUAUCACAUGCUUGUAAGGAGUUUGGUCUUUCGAUUAAUCUACAGAAAACUCAUGUAAUGAUGCAAGAAGUACCGUCACCUCCAAUCUUCUCUAUUGAGGGUCAUAAUCUUUCGGUUGUUGAUCAUUUCAUAUACCUGGCAUCCAAUAUUUCUAGUUCUCUCUCCGUUGAUGAAGAGAUCAAUAUCAGGAUUGCAAAAGCAGCAGCAACCAUGGCUAAACUGAAUAAGCGGGUGUGGAAUAAUCUCAAUCUAACUGAUAAAACGAAAAUAAGUGUCUAUCAGGCCUGCGUGCUUAGCACGCUCCUAUAUGGUAGCGAAGUGUGGACCACAUACACCAGUCAGGAGCGGAAACUCAACAGUUUCCAUCAAAGAUGUCUGCGUCGCAUUUUGCGCAUUCGUUGGCAGGACAGGGUGCCUAACGUGGAUGUCUUGGAACGUGCACACAUGUUUAGCAUAUUCUCCUUUCUCAUCAAGAGACGCCUUCGCUGGUUAGGUCAUAUACGGCGAAUGGAGGAAGGACGUAUCCCAAAGAUUCUGCUGUAUGGAGAGUUGGCAGAGGGGACAAGGCAUAUUGGACGACCGCGCCUGAGAUUUAUUGACGUUUGCAAACGAAGCAUGAGGGAAGCCAAUAUUGAAACAAACGAAUGGGAGUACAUUGCCAAACAUCGCUCCAACUGGAGUGUUGGAGGAGUGAGAAAGGCAGAAGUUACUCGAAUAGAGGCUCUCGAAUCAAAAAGAACGAUUCGAAAAUCAAGAAUUUACCGGGUUUCAACAUUCUCCUGCGAGAGAUGCGGCCGUGAUUGCCAUUCAAGGAUUGGCCUAGUGAGCCACUCGUCAAAGUGUAGAACUAUAUAGCUACUCCAUCGUCUCGCGUAGACGGAAGGAUUCCAUAAUUAAUAAUAUGUGUGUAAUAUAUCCACUCCCUCUGUGUGAAGUAUAGCGACUCAAUCUGUGUGUAGUAUAGCCACUUCCUCUGGGUGUAAUAUAGCCACUCCCUCUAGGUGUAAAAAAGCCACUCACUCUGUGUCACAAAUGACUAGGGCAGGGUGUAACAAUGACGCUCCAUUACAUUUCCAUGUUAGUAAUAAUGCUAUUUUGUUCGGAUUUCCCCAUGGGUCACACCACGUUAGCUGGAUUUUGUAUGGGUGAUGGGCGAUUUCUGGGAGAGGAGGAAAAAUGUUUUGAGGUUAAGGAGCGUUGAAGAUUACUAAAUGUUUUGGAAGUUGGGAAGCGUUGAAGACUAAUGGAUAUUAACGGUUUGAAAGGGAAUAUUAUUAGACUGUAUUGGAUCUAUUAAAACAUUCUUUGUUUAUAGUUGUCAAGGAGAAAUUUCUUAGUCAUUCUUUGAAGGCUGUGUUGUCUUCGUUAUAUUUCCUCAACGUCUGGACAUUGAACUUUCACAGAGAGGAGCAACCCCUGCUUCAACCAACACCAAUACUACUUGGUACGCAACGUGCAAUACCUCAUACUACCAUCAUCUAAUCUAUGACACUCUGUGUGCAAUAUAGCCACUACCUAUGUGUGUAAUAUAUCCACACCCUAUGUGUGCAAUAUAGACACUCCAUCUGUGUAUAGUAUAGCACUCCGUCUGUUUUCGGCAUUUUCAUUUUAUUAUCAAAAAUACAAAAUUUUCUCUUUUUUUUAUAACAUUUAUGCUUCCCGAUUUUGAUCCUCUGGCUUCCAUGACUCCUAGCAUACUUAUAUGUGAUUUGUCAUCUCUGCUACCAUCCUGCUUCACUGACUCCUAGCAUACUUAUGUUGUACUUUCUCAUGUCUGCUGCCAUGUUGCUUCACUGACUCCUAGCAUACUUAUGGUGUUCUUUUUCAUCUCUGUUCCCAUAUUGCUUCACUGACUCCUAGCAUACUUAUGGUGUACUUUCUCAUGUCUGCUGCCAUGUUGCUUCACUGACUCCUGGCAUACUUAUGGUGUACUUUCUCAUCUCUGUUCCCAUCUUGCUUCACUGACUCCUAGCAUACUUAUGUUGUACUUUCUCAUCUCUGUUUCCAUCUUGCUUCACUCACCCCUAAAAUAUUUAUGUUUUACGUUUUCAUCUCUGUUGCCAACCUGCUACUGAAUCCUAGCAUACUAAUGGUGUACUUUCUCAUCUCUGCUGCCAUGCUGCUUCACUGUCUCCUAGCAUACUUAUAAUUUACUUUCUCAUCUCUGUUGCCAUCUUGCUUCACUCACCCCUAGCAUACUUAUAAUGUACUUUCUCAUCUCUGCUACCAUCCUUUUUCACUGACUCCUAGCAUACUUAUAUGUAAUUUGUCAUCUCUGCUACCAUCCUUUUUCACUGACUCCUAGCAUACUUAUAUGUGAUUUGUCAUCUCUGCUACCAUCCUGCUUCACUGACUCCUAGCAUACUUAUGUUGUACUUUCUCAUGUCUGCUGCCAUGUUGCUUCACUGACUCCUAGCAUACUUAUAAUGCACUUUCUCAUCUCUGCUACAAUCCUCCUUAACUCACUCCUAGUAUACUUAUAAUGUACUUUCUCAUCUCUGCUACAAUCCUCCUUAACUGACUCCUAGUAUACUUAUAAUGUACUUUCUCAUCUCUGCUACCAUCCUGCUUCACUGAAUCCUAGCAUACUUAUAAUGUUCUUUCUCAUCUCUGCUGUCACCUCAUCAAUUUUCCUAAUUUCAGUUGUCUGACGUUGGCGUGCUAAUGUAAGAAUGUUUAGAUGCCUUUAUAGCAAGAUUUUUUUUAAAACCCCGAUGGAUCGCUUGGCCAAUCCUAGAAGCCAUACAGACAAGAAUUUGGCUGUGAGCAUUCUAUCCCCGGAUUCUUGCAAGUGUGUCCCUUACUUAUCAACAUUAAAAUAUGUUCUUGAAAAACGAAGGAGCGAUAAAUACGUUUUUUCUCUCCAACAGCUGCUUGAUUACACUAUAGUUUUUCAAUGAACAAGUUCUGAUGUUUCUCUGAGUUUGGACUUAGAAACUCCAUAGAGGUGUUAAACAACAUAGUUCCAAGCUACGCCCAUUUACUUUCGACGUUAUGAUUUUUUUCAGAAACAAUCAUUCCGAAAUUUUCUCCCUGAGAAUCCAAAAAAAUAUUUCUGGAUAGUGUGUCUGUUCAGAUUGUAGAUCCAGAUGUCUGUAGGUCUAUUGUCCACCCUCCCCUCCACCCACCCCCUCCCCCUUUUGUGUGCGUCUUUUGGGUUGUAUUAGGAUGUUGGUCUUGGUGAUAGUAAUUUUUAACGUUUAAUUUUUUUUCCAAUUUUGAAUGUAUGGUCUUGUGUGAUGGAAAAGGGAGGUGGGGGAGGUGGGGGGGCUCAUUCUCUCCCGGUGACUUCCUCAUUGGUGGCGACCGAAUUGAGUACCUGUCUGUUUUGGAACCAACUCAUGCAAACUAGGUCACAUUUUAUUAUUCUUUUGUUCAUGUGGUGUCAACUUCUUGUGACUCUCUCAUUGCCCUAAUGGUGUAGAGACAUCGAGGGGACCCUGCAACUCCUGCAUCUCAGCAGUCCCCGAAUAUAUAAGAUGCCAAAUAUUGUUAUAAGAAAAAGAACAUUCAUAGAAUUUAUUAUUUUAAAUAUCUUUGAAAUGUCCCCCCAAAAAAGGCGGGUGAAUGGGAGUAUGUGGACUAGAACAUUCAAGUGACAGCUGUGUAGUGAAGCUACUGUGCAGUACGAACACUGCUGAUGCAUUGCUUACCUAUAUAUAUAUUGGAACGCUAGGGCGCUGCCUAUGUUUCGCUGAAAUUUAUUAGAGACAUAAAAAUUUGUACACAUCCUAAAAUGAGGUUAACAAGUAAAAAAAACAACUAAAUAUCAAAGCGUCGUCAGAAUUGGAUGACAACAUUUCAGCAACUAUUUUGGUGAGAGCUUUACAAAUUUUCUGUGAGACAGCAGCCUUAAAUAGUAGAUAUGGAUAGCGAUAUCCCCAUGUCAGGAAUAUUGGGCAUGAAACAGUUGAAACUGAGUGAUUCAAUUACUUUUUUUUAAAAUUAUGUUUAUAACGAAUUAAGGAAAUGUUGAAUCUCUGAUAUUAUUUUUUUUAAAACACGUAUUGCAUAUGGUGCAUACAACUAUUUAUGUUCAACAAUUAGGUAAUCAACGAACUUGGUUCUUGGACAAUGACCAACGUCAGCGUUACUCCUUUUGACAAAAAGAACUGGAGCCUCCAGGAAACCCUUAUGAAACUACAUAAAAUGGGAUCAUUCUUCUUUUUUUGUGUAGGCAGAGCUACAACCACACUGGAUGAUACGAAACAAAAGAAAGAGACACUAAUAGUAAGUCAUCAGCUGUGUGCAUGUUGGUGGUAAGCUUUAAAAUGCAAGUGUUCACAUCUUGACACGUUGGUACGGACAUUCAAACAAUAUAUAGAUGAAUGAUGCAAGCAAUAAACACAUUUAUAUUACUUUAAUUAAAAGGUGGGAAAAAGGAUAUUUUAUUCUAUAAGUUUGUCAUGAUAAUAAUAUAAAUAAUUGGCGUGCAGAGUAGCCUUAGAAUAAUUGCAUUGUCAUGUUUUAUGAUUGUAAACAAAUGAGAACAUUUAAGCGUCAUUAUGAGACGAAUGAAAUAUUUCAGGUGGGAUGGUAAGAGAGACCCCAAGAGGAUAGAAAUGUAUAAACACCCAGAAGAUGAUGUUUUAAACAUGUAUACAUCAUAUCAAAGGAGAGAUAAAAAUGAAAAAAAAAAAUCCUCUGGUCAUCUGAGACAUUUGUGAAGAUUGGAGAUAAAAUAAUUGUGAAGAUUCAAGAUGAGAUAUUUGUGAAAAUUGAAGUUGACAUAAUUGUCAAGAUUUCCGCCAAAGGUUUCAAUUAAGAUUUUAUGGUGUUGUUAAUUUCAGACAUGAAAAACGAUAGAAUAUAGUUGUUCUUUCAUUGACAGACUUUAGAUAGGAUUCAAGCCUAGAAGUUAGUUAUUAUUUAUGUUCAAAUUUUAAGGUAAAUAAAUUUUUAAACGUUAUUUAGGUUUUUAGUGUGAAUUAAAGUUAGGAUAAUAAUUCGGAUAAAAUAUGUUUGUUUGAUGUCAUUGAGGACAAAAGUCUAUCGUCGUUAACAGUUUAUAGAAAGAAAGUUUUAAAAAAAAGAACAGCGCCUAAAUGUUGACGCGAUAGAAAUGAGAUGUCAUGUAAAAUUUAAUUUUUCAUAAAUAUUGAAAACUAAAUUUCAGUGGUUAGUUAAGAUUAAAUAAUAGAAAUAAUUGAGAGAAAGUAUGGAUUAAGUUAAGAGUUAAGAUAGUAGUGAGGCUGAAAGUUUAGUUAUUAAUGAAGAUUAAAGCCUAGAUAUUGGAGAGAGUUAAAGUAUUCAAAGAGAUUUUUGCAAAACUGUUUAAAACAGUGGGCAGUCAUUAUAUAACCUUUUUAAUAACAUAUUUCUAUAUUUCAGUUUAUGCGAGAUGAAUCAGCGGUCAUUUCAUAUUUGAAUAGCGGCCCAAUAUUCAGGGAUCUUUUGAUUUCGAUAGCUGUCAAAUUAGCUGAAGGUUUGGGCGGAGAUCCCGAGGAAGCCGAAACAAAAGCCAAGGAGAUAAUGGAAUUUCUUCUCCAAUUGGUAAGACGUUAUCUCAUCUAUCGACCUCAGUGUUUCUUAGUCUUUGAAACUAAAAGGAUGACACGAAAGCUAGCAAUACGCUUGGUGGCCGAUGUUGGACCAGCGGGUUGGCACGUGGUAACUUAGCACUGACAUAAUUCAUGGUAAUAUCUUUUUUUUUUAACACUGAGUUUAUAAGAAUUUGUAUAUAUAUUAAAAUUUGGUUUGGUCUGAAUGUCUUCAAACAAUAUCAAAAUUAUUUUUUUUUUUAAUUAAACUCAAAUAGAAAAGUUUUAUUUAUUUUAUAAAAGCUAAAUCAAAAGCUCUAAGUUUCUUUGUUUAAUAACCACGUGUAACAAAUCAGAUAGUGAAUUUUCCCCUUUUUAAAAGCAAGAUUAAUAAAUGAAAUUGAUUGCUUUUUAAGUUGUUAGUAAGAACAGGCGCACGCCUAGCUUGGUAUUUUGAACAUUUAACACGUUUUUGCAGAGUUUUCAUUCCAAAUAGUAAUUUUUUUGUCCAAUUUAUGAAGUAAUAAAAAUGUAACUUUUAAUAAGAGAAUGCCUAUUAAGUCAAUUAGUGCAGCGUAACUUCACAGCCAAAUAGCACUCACUAAAUUUAUCUAUCACUCAUCUACCCAAUUAUGUGAUAGAUUAAGUAUAGUUCUUAAUGUUAAAAUAUCACUCACUAAAUUCACCUAUCACUCAUCCACCCAAUUAUGUGAUAGAUUUAGUAUAGUUUUUAAAUGUUAAAAUAAAUAUCGAUAAUAUUUCAAUAUAAGGAUUUCAGCGUAGAAUUAUUUAUAGUGUAAAGAAAACAGUGUCGGGUAAAACAGGGGAUCUGAGACUUAAGAAUUUGACUUAUAAUUCAUGGACGUGCAAAUAAUGUGUUUGGGUACAGAGGGCGUUAGUAUUCCGUGAAGUAUUUGAUUAUUUUUAUUAAAAUCUGGAGGGCGGGUUGGGGAAUCAAUACUUUCAUUUUUCCCCAGGGAGCACGCUAUUCGCCUCGAACAUAUAUAUCGGGGGGUUGGAAAUAAUGUGUACAUUUUACGUGGAUGAUAAUAUCUCUAAAUCCAAUAUUAAACUUGUGAAAAAGAGAAGGGUUUUUUUUUUUGUUACUGUUAUGUUUUCAUUGUUUUUAUUUCCAACAUGUAACAUAAACAUAUACAUACAUAAAUACAAGUUCUCAAUCAGGUGUUGGCUUUCUGCUUGCGUCAGGAACACGGUUCAUGAGCACACACACACUCUGUCCAGUCUCUCUGCGCAUGCGCGCUGUUACCUUGGGUGGCUUUCGGUACGGGCCAGUCCGCUAGUCCACCAUAACACCUCCCCGAACAAUUACAAGUCCAGUAUCAAUGGUGCUCGACGUUGUCUUUGAGAUCGUCUGGGUAUGACAUAGUCUGAAGGUCCUGGAUGUCGAGGGUUAAUCUUCUUCUUAGGUGGACUUGGAGUUGUUGGAUGUGUAGACGGUUGAUGACUCAGGGGUGCCUGAGCUGUUGGAUAAAGACUUCCUGUCAUUAUAUCCAAACUUGGUUCUGAAUCAUCUUCUUCUGCUCCGUACCUGGGGCGAAGUUGGUCUAAAUGUCUCUUCCAAAUGGGACCAAUUGGAUAAAUCUUUACCUUAAAGAGACGUAGACCCAAAACGUGGAUGAUUGUACCGGGAGCCCAUCGUGUUUUAGAAUCUUUUGCUGUUCCAUAUACUCUGACGUAACAUGGAUCUUCCCGGUUAAAUGAUCAACUAGGACUUCUGUUUGUCCCAUUGUGGACGGCUAUUUCUUUAAGAUGUUGUCCCUGGGCUCGAUGAGCAGGAGAGGGAACUAGAGUAUCAAUAAGUGUUCUUAUUUGCCGAUUGUUUAGCAGUUGGCUAGGUGAUAAUCCACUUGCCAAUGGUGUCCUACGAUACUUUCGCAGAAAGUCUUGUAGAAAUUCCUUUAAAGGUAAUGAGGAUUUCUUUAGUUAACUCUUGAAACUUUGAAUGAGUCGUUCUGCAGCUCCAUUCGUAGCAGGAUAGUAGGGAGCGCCUGCAAGAUGUACAAUACCCCUCUCCUUACACCAAUGCUGAAAUUCUUCUGAGAUGAAGCAAGUAGCAUUGUCCAUGACUAUGUUGUGUGGAUAGCCGAAAUGAGCAAAAUCUUCCUCCAGAAGAUCAAUGGUGGCUUUGGUCGAUGUAGAUGUUGUCCUGUGGAUACACGGGUCCUUUGAAUAAGCAACUAUCACCACCAGCCAAUGUUAUCCCUUAAAGUUAAUUGCAUGGUCGAUAUGCACUCGACUCCAUGGUUUUUCUGGCAAAAUCCAGGGGUGGAUACUUGCUUUGUUUGGGUCUCUGGCGUGUUCUGCACAUGCCUGGCAUGUUCGACCUAUUUUCAUGAUUUGAGUGUCAAGUCCGGGCCAUUAUACAUAUGAUCUUGCUAACUGUUUCAUCCGCUCGAUUCCAAAAUGUCCUGUAUGCAAGAUUUGGAGAACUUGAGCUUGUAGUAUUUUUGGUGCCACAAUUCUUGACCGAUAAAAUAGACAAUUCGACUCCACAGAGAGUGAGUCUUGAAUAUUUUUAAAAGCUGCAAUAUUAGCUGCCUUUUUGUUCAAGUGUUCUUUGUUUGUAGAGGACGGCCAGCCCUCUUGACAAUAUCUCAUUACUGUAGAUACAGUAGAAUCUUUAAGUGACUCUUUAGCAAGGACUCCUGGGUCUGUUGGUUUGAUCUGUAAACUGAUUUGAUUUGUUUGAUCAUACAAACAGAAUCCAUGUCUGCUUCACUUUCUUCAACAUCACAAAUGUCAUCAGGCCCUGAGUGUAGACGACUAAGAGCAUCCGCAUUGCAAUGUUCAGUUAGCUUACGGAAUUCAAUGAUAUAGUUAUAUUGACUCAAGGUAAGAGCCCAAUCUGGCUAAACGAUUUGCUGCCAGUACUGGUGUUCCUUUUCCUGAACCAAAUAUACUUAUCAGUGGUUUAUGGUCUGUCACCAACACAAACUUUCUUCCAUACAGAUAUUGAUGGAACUUUGCUAGUGCAAAAAUAAUUGAGAGUGCUUCCUUUUGAAUCUGACUAUAUUUGCGUUGUGCUGCUGUGAGAGCUUUUGAAAUGUUAGCAAUAGGGCGUUCACUGCCAUCAGGAUAUCUGUGGAACAGAACACUUCCUAUGCCAACAUUAGAGGCGUCACAGGAUAUGCCUAUGUCUAGAGUGGGAUCAUAGUGAGCUAGAGCUGUAUCAGCUUCAUUUUGCCCAAAGGCAGUACUAGAAUAAACGACUGGAUGUUAUCGGGAUAAUAACGGUAGGUCUUGUGCGAUAUUUUAUAACUGCUAUUGCAAAAACUCAUCACAAUAUAUAACUUUAAAAAUAUAAUGAUAUUUACGUUUCUAACUUCAUUGAGUUUUGAGAAGUUUUUAUCUGCUAUAUAUUAUACGCCUACACUACUCCUUUUCACGCUAUUAAAUUACAUUUUCCUUCUCUAUACAUGACCUUAAAGUACCCAGUCUGAAUUAUCACUAAUUAAUUCACUUUUGUCACUAAAGAAGUACAUUGAGGAACGAUUACUACGCUAGAGAGACACGUUAGAUUAACCAAUCUUCGUGCCCUUGAAUUACAUCUUCUUUGUCUCUAAAAACAAGCUACGUAUCAAAACAAAGGAAUUAAUUUGAUAAAUAAUUAAUUUUCUUGGGUAAAUACCUGUCGGAGGUAGGAAAUAAGAUUGUAUAUUUUUACGUGGAUAACAUUUUCGUUAACUCCUAUGGUAUUUGUGAAAAAAAGAGAUGUUACAUUCUCUGUACACUUAUGGAGAACAAUAAGAGACGAUGUCCUGGGGGAGAAAAAGCUCUACAUUUAAUACUUCAAGAAAAUAAAUAUGACCUUUAAACACAUGAAAAAUCACUGUAAGAUUUUUUCAAAGAAAAUCCAGACGUCAACUAUGACAAGCCAAUACAUUUUGGAAAAUAAUACGAUCCAAUGGCCUCAAAAAAACAAUGUUCGAAGAAAAGUUUCAAAUUGUCUACCUAGGAUGAAGAAGAGCUUUCGACAAAAUCAGGGAAGAAAUUGAAAACCCUAACGUUCCAAAAUAGGAAUUCUUUUUAGCUGGAUCUAUCGGAAGUGGUAAAAUCUUCGUUUACAAAACAAUCAUGCACUAUCUAGGAAUUAGUCUUGCAUGUGCAUUUACAGGCAAAGCAGUAAUUUUUCUUAAGGGAUGCAGAACUUACCACAGUCUUUUUAAGCGGCCUAUUCGAAUAAAUGAAAUCUCAACCUGUAUUAUAUGAGUUGGGACCAAUACAGCAAAUGAACUGAAAAAGGCUGAAGUGAUUAUCUUGGAUGAAGCUUAGAGGGCAGUAAAUGCAGUUCGCUCACUGUUUAGAGAAAUCUUAGCCAAAUAUCCUAAAGAUCCUUGUAAAAACGUUUGGAGGUGGUGCUUUUAUUUUUGGUGAGGAUUUUAGAGAAAGUUUACCCUUUGUUGCCCAUAGCAUCAGGACCGAAAUACUUUCUCCAUGCAUUAAGAAUAGUAAGUCUUAUAAACAUGUUAAUGAAAAUAUCCUUUGACGAAUUCAAUCCGAAAUGAAACACUAUAUCGGCAUAGAUUCAUUUGAACAAGACAAUGCAUACGCUGAGGAGGCAGCAAACUAUUCAAUGGAGCUUAUCAACAGUUUAACAACUGGAGAUAUGCUACCUCAUGGACUUAACUUGAAAUUUGCUGCAUUAGUAAUGUUGCAACGAAAUCUUGUUUUUUUUUAAAAAGAGGUCUUUGCAAUGGUACCAGAAUAGUCACCAAGCAAAUGAUGUCAAACGUCAUUGACAAUGAAAUCCUGACCGGAUCUUUUGAAGGCACUAGGGUAUUUAUUCUAAUAAUUAUUCUUUCACCCAGAGAGCCUCACCUUCCCUUUACACUAAGAAGAAAACAAUUAUCAUUUGAGACUUGCUUUUGCUAUGCCCAUCAACAAAAGCCAAGGACAAACAUUGAAUUCAAUCCGUAUUUAAUUCCUUAAUUCAGUUAUCAUUCAUUAACAACUUUAAGUUGCAUUUUCAAGAAUAAAUUCCUCUUAGCAAGUCAGUUAAAAGUCUUAGGAACUGACCAACAAGGCAAUUUAAAGAAGGACUACGAAGUUUUGGUCUAAAAAGAAGAUUUUGCUCAAUAAUUAAACUUCAUAGGCAGCCGUUGAUUUAUCAAUAUGAGUCAGUAAAAGUGCUCCCCACCUGGUCGUAAAACGGGUAGUAAAGAAAUUAUGUAUCAAUAUAAAUUUAUUUUAAAAAUAUAUCACUUUUUUCUUAAAUGAAUUUAAUUUCGCUGUUCAAUAGUUUGACUACGUCAAUAUCUAAAGUCAAAUUCUCUCAAAGGAUUUUCUAAUUUCUCUUUAAAUAAAACAAACAUUAUGCGAAACAUUUUAGUUUUACGAAAAUAAAAAAAUUACAUUAGUUUAACGAUAUGUUGUGAAAUUAUGUAAAAAUUAAGAUUUAAGUUUGGCUAAACGCCUCCUUUACCAGACUAGACAAAUCAAGGGUGCUGUUUGGCUGAGCGGUCUGAACUUAUUCAAUCUCAAACUUGAGGACUGAAGUUAAAUUUACUCUGUAUCCAUAAUAGAAUCGUCAUAAACAUUGUCUUAUAAAGCAGUCAUUGAUCACAUGAUGCAUUUUAAAAGCAUCUAUUGUAGAGGUCUUUACUUUAUAACAUCUUUUUUUAUUUCACUUGUGGAAGUUCCUUAUUGUUAAGAUCUAGUGUAAGUUAGACUCAUGUUACGCUGGUUGUGGUAUACCAAGCUCUACGGGUAGUUUUAUUUGGUGAAUAUUUCUGGAAGUUUCUAUUUGGCGAGAAACGAAUUGUUGCAAAUGCGUAAUAAAUAAAAAUGUAUCAUACAUAAAAAUGUAUGCUACUUAAAAUUUAUGAUAUAUUAAAAUGUAUGAUAAAUAAAAAUGUGUGAUAUAUAAAAUGUAUGAUGUCUAAAAAUAUAUGUUGUAUAAAAAUAUAUUAUAUUAAAAAAUUAUGAUUAAAAAAAUGUGUGAUUUAUACAAAUGAAUGAUAUAUAAAAAUGUAAGAUAUACAAAUGUAUUACAGGAAAAUGUGGAACCAACUUACACACAGCCUAUGCCGUUGAAGGAGUUACAGGAACAAAUAGGUUCUUCAGUAAGUUAAAAUUGGUUUUACAUAUGUUCCUUGGUUACUUUAGGUUGGUUGUUACAACGUGUUCCUGGGUUAGUUUAGGUUGGUUGAUAAAACAGGUUCAUAAGUAAGUUGAAGUUGGUUGAUAAAACAGGUUCCUAAGUGAGUUAAAGUUGGUUGCUAAAGCAUGUAUCUUGGUAAGUUUAAGUUGGUUAAUGCAACAGGUUGUAUGGUACGAUGAAGUUGGUUAUUACAACAGAUUCCUUAAUUAGUGUAAAUUUAUUUAUAGAGGGGCUAAAGUAUAAAAAAUGUGGCCUUUAUACAUUAUCACCUAGCAUAAAUAAGAUAUAUAAAUUAAACGUUGAUUUUAAAAUAUAACAAUAUAUAUAAGAAUGAGCUACAGUAACAUAACGCCAAAGAGCCCAUACGAUUUAAGUACGUUCGGAUUCCUAAGAAUAAGUAUAGUUAUUUUCUAUUAUUUUACCGAAAUCGAAUAAAUUUAAAUGCUCAAAAAAUAUAAUAAAUCUGCUUUAUUUUAUUAAAAAUUAAAGUUAUUUCAUUAUGAAUUACAAAUACAUUUAAAGUAUCAACCAAGGAACCAUUUUAAGCAUUUUGUAUGUGUUUAAAAGUUAUGAAAACAUAAAAAAAUACAAAAAAUCAUGACCAAAGAAUUACACCGUAAUCACAUUUAUCGGGAAAAUCCUAGCAUCAGUCGUUUUUAGUGCAUCUCUUAGUGCGUUCGUUAACAUUGCGAACUAAAAUUAAAAUUAAUCUGUUCUAAAUAAUCACGCAAAUGACGUCAUAGCGCGAAAACCCUAUUUCGCCAAAACUCUUAUGUUUCUUUAAAUUUAAUAACCGCGCGUGACACAACUGAUAAUUUAUUUUCCCUUAUUAAAAGUAAAAUUAAUAAAUGCAAUUGAUUGCUAUUUAAAUUGUUAAUAAAACACACACACAUUUUUGCUUUGCAUAUUUUUACCUUUAAAAAGUUUUGCUUUUUUUUAUUCCAAAACUAUACUUUAAUUAAAUUUAUAACGUAAUAAAAACUAAACUUUAAAUACAAUUCUAAAAAGAAAAUGCGGUUGCAAUCAAUCAGUGCUGGGCAACUCCAUAGCUAAAUAGCAUUCACUAAUACACUUAUACCUCAUACAAAUAAGAACGAACAAUAUGAAGUGCAAAAUAUGUAAGUUUGGUAAUGAAAGGGACUACAAUCCGUUGGAAGAUUUUCUAAAUUUAUUUAAAUCUGGGCGGGGGAGGGGUUGGUCACCUUGCCCCAGGCAGCACAAGAUGCGUCUCAAAAUAAACGAAUGAAUUUGAUAAAUAAUUAACCUUCUUGGGUACAUACAUAUCGGAGGUAGGAAAUAGCAUGUGUAUAUUUUUACGUGGAUGACGAUAUAUUUAAAUCCUAUGGUAUUACAUUUGAGAAAAAAGAGAUGCUACAUUCUCUUUUUACAAAUAUGUGCAUGUUCAUUUCGUCCAAGGCAGCACAAGAUACGUCUCAAAAUAAAGGAAUGAUUUUGAUAAAUGAUUUAUCUUUUGGGGUAAAUACAUGUCUGAGGUAGGAAAUAAGAUGUGUAAAUUCUUACGAGGAUGACAACAGAGUUAACUCCUAUGGAAUUACAUUUGUGAAAAAUACGAUGUUACAUUCUCUUUUUACAAAUAUUGGUAUGUUCAUUUUGCCCAAGGCAAUACGAGAUGCGUCCCAAAAUAAAGCAAUUAAUUUGAUUAAUAAUUAACCUUCUUGGGUACAUGCAUAUCGGAGAUAAGAAAAAGGAUGUGUACAUUUUUACCUGGAUGACAAUAUGUUAAUUCCUAUGGUAUUACAUUCUCUUUUUCACAAAUAAACAUAUGUUUAGCAAAUAAGAAAAUCAAUGGUGAUAACAAAUCUUGGGUAAAUUUAUAUAAGUAUAUCCAUGAAUAUCAAAACCAAAUCAUAUUACACACUUGAAAAUUAAAUUUUAACAAAUGAAAAUGGGUAAAUAUUUCCUUUUUUUUUUUUAAUUAAAAUAAAUUUUUGUUUUUGCUUUGCAAAAAAGUAAAGAAGUGUGUAUUUUUAUGAGAUAAACAUUUUUUUUUUUUAAAAAUCAGUUACAUCUGAUAUUGGCGUGAACAAAAGUCUUGAGAUUUUUUUUAGAUAAAAGAAUUCUUUGUUUUACGAUUUUCUGAUAAUGUGUAAUUUUUUUUUAAAAAGCAAAAAUAUAUUUAAAUUUUUUAUUAAGAUAUUACUAUAUAUCGAAUUCCUGUAAUACAAAAUAAAUGUAUAUGAUAUAUAUAGAGUUUUUCUUUUAAAUUUAAGAUUAGUUUAUUUUUUUAAUUUGUGAGAAAAAAAUUGUUAUUCAAGGGUAUGAAAGGGUAAAUUUAAAGUAUUUCUCUAGCGUAAUAAUUGUCCCUCAAUUAACUUCUAUAGUGACAAAAGUGAUAUAAUUAGUGAUAAUUUAGACUGGCUAAUUUAAGUUCAUGUUUGGAGGGGGAAAAGUAGUUUAGGGGCGUGAAAGGGUGUAGAGUACGCGUAUCAUGUAUAGCAGAAUUACACUUCUCAAAUGUUAAUGAUGUUAGAAACGUAAAUAUCAUUACAUUUUUAAAGUUAUGAAUUGGGAUGAGUUUUUGCAAUAGCAGUUAGAAAUUAUCGCAAAGGACCUAUCAUUAUUUUUCCGAUAACAUCGGGCCAUUUAUUCUAGUCAAAAAAGGAAUAAAAUAUUGCAAAAAUUAAAUUCAGGUGUGUGUUUAAAUGAUUUCUUGUAUUUUAUACGGAAAAACAAUUUUGUGGGGACCAUAAAGUUUUAACGGCCAGAAUACGCUAGGACAAAGCAUACCGUCAUACCAUGGAUUGAAUUUAGUUCAUAUCCCGCGUUUUCCAAUUAAGGGGUUUCCUUGGUCAAUAUUAUUGCUAAUUUUGGCACUUCACACCCGCAAUUUUAAAAUCCUCCCCCACCCCCUCAAAACUGUCUUAAAGAAACAUGCAUCAAAUUGUAUCCUUUCAUUUUCAAUUUGCAUAACUGUCUUCAUCAACGCAUAUUUCUGGAAACUCCCUCCGUCACGCUGAUCAAUGUUACAGUAUGGGUUUAAAAAAUACGCUUGUGCUAAAUGAACUCGCCACCGGAGUGAAUUCAGUUUAUGUAUGGCACAUUGCGCCAUAAUACCUCCCAUAGACAUUUAAAAAUGUCCUUCCGCGAUCAAGGCGUCUCGUGUAAACAUUGAUAUUAGGUAUAUGCCAAAAUACAUCUCUUAAUUUUGAAAUAAUACAAAGUUAUCUGGGGAAAGGACCCCGAAAAUGAAAACUCAUCCGCUCGAGAUUCAUCGGCGCCUUCGAUUUCCGCCGUUCUUUCCGAUGCAAAUAAUAGACAAUUUUUGUAGAUAGUCACACCGCCCAGUGAAUAAGACAGUAUUAGUAACGCCAUAAAUAGCCACGAAAAUGAAACCUCAUCCGCUCGAGAUUCAUCGGCGCCUUCGAUUUCCGCCGUUCUUUCCGAUGCAAAUAAUAGACAAUUUUUGUAGAUAGUCACACCGCCCAGUGAAUAAGACAGUAUUAGUAACGCCAUAAAUAGCCAAAGAUUUUUGCCACCCUUCCUGUCGAGAUAUACAUUCUUUAGUUAUCCGAAAAUGCCGCAGCUGCAUAUAAAGAAAGUACCAACUCCAUCCAACUCCUUUAUAUGCCACUGGCAGGAGCGUAGCUAGAGUUUUGGGCGUCAGGACGAGAAUCAUUUUGCGAACCCACUUAACUCUCAAACAUCGUAUUUUCAAACAUUAAAUACUGUUAUAGCCCAUUUUGGCGCCCCAGCUUACGGAGAUGAGAUGCUUCAGAGGCAUUUUUGGCAUCUGCUAUAGGGACCAUAUCUCCAAUGAUACAGUGAAAGAAAGGGUUCGUCAGGCUAUUGGGGAGUACAAUGACCUACUGGUGACUGUGAAAAAACGUAAACUAAAAUGGUACGGCCACGUAACAAGGAAACAAGGGCUUGCCAAAGAAAUAUAGCAGGGCACCACAAGAGGAGGGAGAAAAAGAGGAAGACAAAGAAAAUGAUGGGAGGAUAACAUCAAAGAGGGGACAGGACUAAUACUGGGCGAUGCAGUGCGUAGUGCUGAAGACAGAGAGGAAUGGAGGAGGAUGGUUCACAUGUCCUCUGUGGCGCCCCAACGGUCCAAGGACUAAGGGACAUGAGGAUGGGGAUGAGCUUGCUGGCGUCCUGGGAUUCUUGUCCCAUCUGGUAUCCCUUAGCUAGGCAAAUUUUCUUGCCCCCCCCCCACUGAAAACCUAACCCCCCCCCCCACCCCGAGGAAAUUGUCUGAAAGAGUGACUGCUCAAAGUAACAUAAACAAAACUAUGAUAAAUUUAUUAAUAGUUAUAUAAAUCUAUAUGUACUAUGAUAGCUUUAUUUAUAGUUAUAUAAAUCCAUGUGUACUAUGAUAGCUUUAUUUAUAUUUUUUUAAAGCCAUGUGUACUAAGCUUUAUUUAUAGUAAAAUAAAUACAUGUGUACUAUGAUAACUUUCUUUGCAGUCACAUAGAUAUAUGUGUACUAUGAUAUCUUUCUUUACAGUCACAUACAUAUAUGUGUACUAUGAUAACUUUCUUUACAGUCACAUACAUAUAUGUGUACUAUGAUAACUUUCUUUACAGUCACAUACAUAUAUGUGUACUAUGAUAACUUUCUUUACAGACAAAUACAUAUAUGUGUACUAUGAUAACUUUCUUUACAGUCACAUAAAUAUAUAUGUACUGUGAUAACUUUCUUUACAGUCACAUAUAUAUAUGUGUACUAUGAUAGCUUUCUUUACAGUCACAUACAUAUAUAUGUCUUGUGAUAACUUUCUUUACAGUCACAUACAUAUAUGUGUACUAUGAUAGGUAAAGAAAAUGUUGUUUUUUUUAAAGUACCUUUCUUUGUUUCAGUUUUAAAUCGUGUAUGUUUCUUAAAAUAUGGGAUAUAUGUCUUUUAAAGUUAAAACAAAACUAAUGUCCAAUUUCAAACAUUAUUGAAUGCGUCAAGCUUCAGUGGUUGCAGACAAAAGAACGUGAGCUGUGGUUGUUACCGAACCGAAAUCAAACUUCUAACAGAGGAUUCGCUACUCAUCUCGACAAUACAUUUUAAAAUGUGUUUUUGGAAAUUUAAAAUUAAUCUAAAUAAAAUACAGUAUCUUAUGACUUGUGUUAAAUAUUUUAAACACUGCACUUUAUCACGUUAGAUGAAACUUGGUCCACUCUCUUUGAUUCGACAAUGACAAAUUUAGCGACUGAAUGAUUUUAAAGAGGAAACAGCAAAAACUUCAUUCAAGCGUCAUAGCUGAUUUUGAUGCAAUUAAUUUAACUUUGAUUCGAAGCGGAUUUCAGAAAGAAAUUUAUUACAUAGUUUCAUUGAAUUAUUUUAUACAAAACUACAAGAUAGACGGUACAAAAAAAUGUAGUUCUUUUUAUUGUAUGUAGGCAUCUGUGUAGUAUCUGUGUUAUUUGCACUAUCAUGUGUGUCAAACGGGGUCGAUUUCAGAAUGGAAAAGGCCUCGGCUGCACCUCUCGACGAACACCCUUGACAACUGGUUUUGUGUGCAUUCCAUAUUGUUCUUUUUGUGAUUAGGACUUUGUUUCAACCAUCCUUCGUUUAUUAAAUUCAAACAAUAACUACUCGUUAUCAGCGAUGCUCUUCUACUCACUCAUUCGAUGUUGUUUAUUUCCUGUUUUUAUGACAUACCUUUUCAUACCGUGGUCGCGGCCGUCCAAUAACUUGGACCCCUUUAGUCGUCUCUCCGUUAAACAGAUCCUUUAAAAUACUGCUUUAUUCCACCAUCUUGACAUGGCCAAACAGGCAGGGACGCCUCUUACUAGAAGUGAACAACAUGCAGGGCGUUUUGGAACUUUCCAGAACUGAUGUGUUAGAAAAUAUCUUCUGCUUUCGAAUGUGCUAAGUGGGCCACACAUAUUUUAGGUGAAAGCUGUUGAAUUUCGGUUCACAACUGUCUUUACGGUACACACUUCAAUGUCAUUUUGAAGCGUACUGAGCAAAUAUGUCUGGUAGACUUUGAGUUUUGUGACCUCGGUGAGUUUAAACCUUGUCCCAUCUAGUCUUAUAGUCUUACGUGCAGCUGUGAUCCUGUUACCCCUUCUUCAAUGGAAAGUUAGCUCAAGUUAGAUAUUAAGGACAAUGAGCCAUCCGCUACGUCUUAACAAGCUAAAUCCCGUUGGUAGGUAACUUAAAACCACGCGGCGAGGCUAAUGAUCUUCUCGACACGUCUCUUGCAAACGGCGAUGUUAAAUUUUCGAGGUGUCAUAAAAACAAUAUUUUGCGUGUCGAAGAUCUUUUGUAUGCGUCCAGUCUAGAUGCAUGUCGUACUAUUCUAAGUAAAAAAAAAAAAAAAAAACUUUUAUGAUGGUAAUAAUCCCUUGAAACACAAUAAUGCUACAGACGUAAAUAUUGGUAGAUGGGUUUUUCUCUUUAGCAUUCCGAAAAUUCGAUUUGUCAAAAUUCAGUUUUAUUUAUUUGAAAUUUGGAGAGAUAUCUUGUUGAGGAUAUCAAUAUCUCGAGGACUGAUUAGUAACAAAUAACGAAGAUCAAAUUUAGAUUUUUCUUAAAAACUUUAUUAUGUUUUACAAAAUUUAUUUUGUCCAUUUAAGAUUGAAGCAAUAGACAUUUACAAACUGUUUAGUGUAAAAAUGUAAUGUUAAUUGUUACCUUUCAACUUUGAGUGAAUAUUUUUGUUUCUUUCCUUGAGCUGGAUUUGAAAGCUUACUUAAACGAGUUUUUCGGCGAUGAACAUAAUAUAUCUAUGGACACGAUAAUCGAGUGCUACGAAAUGCCCUAUUUUAUCUCAUUGGGGAAAGCUUUAAAGCAGUAUGAGAAAAGGUAAGAACUCCGUCGCAACUUGUGUCUGUUUCAAUCUGAUCUGUGCUUUUCUCUUUGACUGUCGCUUUAAAUACCAUCUUGUGUAGAACUGCCUACCGAGUCACUUGUGUCUGUUUCAAUCUGAUCUUGCUUUUCUCUUUUACUAUCGCUUUGAAUACCAUCUUGUGUAGAACUGCCUACCGAGUCACUUGUGUCUGUUUCAAUCUGAUCUUGCUUUUCUCUUUUACUAUCGCUUUAAAUACCAUCUUGUGUAGAACUGCCUACCGAGUCACUUGUGUCUGUUUCAAUCUGAUCUUGCUUUUCUCUUUUACUAUCGCUUUGAAUACCAUCUUGUGUAGAACUGCCUACCGAGUCACUUGUGUCUGUUUCAAUCUGAUCUUGCUUUUCUCUUUUACUAUCGCUUUGAAUACCAUCUUGUGUAGAACUGCCUACCGAGUCACUUGUGUCUGUUUCAAUCUGAUCUUGCUUUUCUCUUUGACUAUCGCUUUAAAUACCAUCUUGUGUAGAACUGCCUACCGAGUCACUUGUGUCUGUUUCAAUCUGAUCUUGCUUUUCUCUUUCACUAUCGCUUUAAAUACCAUCUUGUGUAGAACUGCCUACCGAGUCACUUGUGUCUGUUUCAAUCUGAUCUUGCUUUUCUCUUUGACUAUCGCUUUAAAUACCAUCUUGUGUAGAACUGCCUACCGAGUCACUUGUGUCUGUUUCAAUCUGAUCUUGCUUUUCUCUUUGACUAUCGCUUUAAAUACCAUCUUGUGUAGAACUGCCUACCGAGUCACUUGUGUCUGUUUCAAUCUGAUCUUGCUUUUCUCUUUCACUAUCCCUUUAAAUACCAUCUUGUGUAGAACUGCCCACCGAGCCCCUUUGUUUUAAGGACUUUCCUCCCCCCCACCCCCCCCCCCCCAAACAUGCAAAAAAAAAAAAAUGUUCCUUCCACCACAAAAAUCACUUAACAUGUUAUUUCAGUUGCAAAAAUAUUCGAAUUGUAUUGAAAAAUUUUUUUUCCAUCGAACUGUAAAACAAGAAGCUCUGUGUUUCCAUCUAAACAGCAAAAACAGGAACAUGAACAACACAAUCGCUAUACUAAACAAAGUAGCCACACAGUUUCAUCCAAUUAAGCAAAGUAACAUGAACACGUUCGUGUAGAGAAAGCUGUAGAGAAAUAUCUCUUAACAUAACUGCUCUAAACAGGAUAUUCGUUGGGUUCUAUUUGCUUGACAACGGCCUUUUUCGUUAAGAUUGAUGAAAUUAUAAAAUCAAUAAAAUAAACAGUACGCUCCAUAUGUUUAUAUGAUACGAAUAUUUAAGGCUAAUCCAGAAACACCAUUCGAUUCACUACGAGACGUCCCUACUACCGCCGAUUCUUGAUGUUCACCUAUAUUGAUGUUUAUGUUUAAAACUAGGCUUCCUUUCAAAGAUCUCUCGUGGGUGGGUUGCUUGUUAAAAUUAAAAUUAUAACAUUUUUUUUUGAACCAAUGAAAUAUUGAUACCCUCGAUGGAAUCAUAAGAUGUUGUUCACAUGUUCUUUUUGUCUGGAAUUUAAUUUAUUGAUUAUUAUUACUUGUAUGUCUGUGAGUGCGUGUGUCUGUGUGGGUUUGAUUGUGACUGUGAGUCUAUCUGUGUGUGUCUGUGUGUUUCCGUGUGUGUUUGUGAGUUUAUGUGUGUGUCUGUGUUUGUCUCUGAUUGGGUCUAAUUAUGUAUGUUUGUGUAUGUGUGUGCCUGUGUUUGUUUCUGUGCUGUGUCUGUGAGUGUAUGUGUGUCUCUGUGUGUCUGUUUGUGUGUAUGAUUGUGUUUGAUUGGGUCUCAUUUUGUAUGUGUGAAUGUGUGUAUGUGUGUGUAUGCGUGUGUUUCUGUGUGUGUCUGUCAGUGUCUGUGUGUCUGUGUGUGUGUCUGUACGUCUGUGCUUCUGUGCGUGCAUUUGGGCGUUUGCGUGUGUAUGUUUGUGUGUAUACAACGUCCCUGUUUAAAGAAUACAUUUAUAGAAAUCGAGCGCCUUUAGUUGGAAGAAGUGGAAGUGAAACUGCAUUCCCAUUGCCACAAAUGCCUGUGAAAUAACGUUUCAAACAGUUAUUGCUAAGUAUCACUGACAUUAAGUAUACCUUUAUAUUUCUUCACUGGAUUAUAUCAGAUUUUAGGGUAGGGCUGGAUUCUAAGACAUACAAAUUCAUCAUAUUAAAAAAAAUACCUUUAUUUGUACUUUUUAUCAAGCAUCUAAAAUGUCCCAUUACCGAUGUUUCAAAGUUUUCUAUAAAUUAAUGUUGCUCUUAUUUCGUUUUAUUUCUUUUUCGUUUUGUUGUUAUUGUUAUUGUGUGUGUGUGUUUGCGUGCGUGCGUGCGUGCGUGUGUGUGUGUGUGUGUGUGUGUGUGAGAGAGAGAGAGAGAGAGAGAGAGAGAGAGAGAGAGACUGGUUUAACUUGAAAAUAUUUAGGAGAGGUAAUAAUUUAUUUUUCUAUGGCAAAAGGUAGUUUAAAAAUUUAGAGAGUUUAUAUAAGAGAUUUUUUUUUGUUUUCUAUAUAUUAUUGUUGCUCUUAUUUCGUUUUAUUUCUUUUUUGUUUUGUUGUUAUUGUGAUUGUGUGUGUGUGUUUGCGUGCGUGCGUGCGUGCGUGUGUGUGUGUGUGUGUGUGUGUGUGAGAGAGAGAGAGAGAGAGAGAGAGAGAGAGAGAGAGACUGGUUUAACUUGAAAAUAUUUAGGAAAGGUAAUAAUUAAUUUUCCUAUGGCAAAAGGUAGUUUAAAAAAUUAGACAGUUUAAAUAAAAGCUUUUUUUUUCUUUAAACGUGCAUUUUUGGGAAAAAACUUAAGAAGAUAUUCUCUUUGUAUCAACUCAAACACGUGAAGAGAGUUUCUAUCCUCCUAGACUGACCCCCAACUACGGCUUGGAAGACAUCGACGCCCUCACUUUUUUGUUUGCCUUAAAUCAUCGAAAUGACGUCAUCGGCUCCAUUUUUAUUACAGAACAAAAAAAAAAAAUAAAGACUGUGUUUAUAAUUAGAUGAUUUUGAUAAACAGUUUAAUACAUUAUUUUACAGUAAUUAUGCAUCUAGAAAUAGACUCCCCCGGGGAAGCUACACCUUGAAUUAAAAUAUUUUUGUUGGGUGAGUAGGCGAAGUUACAGCUGGCUCUGGUCGCCAUAAUGUCUGAUUUGGCGUUUAUACAUGCGCUGGCUUUGCUAUGGUUGGUGCAGCACAGGGCGCUGGCCUAGCUGUGGUUGGUGCCGCCCUCGGGAAGGCAAAAUUUUUGCCAACGCCCGUCCACGAAAAUACUCUAUGCAGUAGAUCGAAAAUGUCAUCAUUCUAUUUCAAGUGCCCUGCCCCUCUCCCCAACUCUCAACCUACUCCGAUCCCCCCCCCCCAAACCGCCACACCUUUAUUUAAAAAAAAGAGUCUAAAAUAAACAGUGCUUAGCAGUUUCUCUGUUAUAGGCAUGCUACAUGCCCGAGAAAAUUACCAGAAUUAAUACGAAACUUUUGUAGGAAACCAAAAUAUAUAAAUAUUAAAUAAUUCCCCAAACGGAAUUUCCCCAGCGUUCUCCACUGACGCCUACGAGAUGAAAUAAUCUCUUUAAAAGUGAAUAUUUCCACUAAGGGAGUGAGAUUUCAUGGUAGAAGACGGCUAAUUUUUGUGCUCGGUUAAUAUUUUAUAUAUUGAAAUGUUUCUAGUUUAAAAAUGUUUACUUGUAAUAACAUAGAAACUAGUCUUGAAAAUAAAUAAGUAAAACAGUAGUAUAAAUUGUAGGAAUGGGGACGGUUUUUGGCGGAGCUGGGGGAGGGAUGGUUAAAUAGGGAAAAUGGUGGAGGGAUUUUUAUAAAAGACCUCCUGUAUGAGGUAAUUAAGGUGUGAUAAUCACAUAAUUACUUUUAAAUUUGAUUUUUAAUAAAUAAUGUCCCUUUGUUGUACGAUGAUUUUAAUUGUGGAAUUUAAUUAAUCGUGUUUUUGUGUAUUUUGUUAUGAGUGGUUCUCAAAAUAUGAUGAGAAAUGUGUAUUUUAAAAGGGGUGGUUCUAAAGUCAUGUAAUUUUCUUAAUUAAGGACAACAUUAUACAUUUUUUAUAGCGAUUUUUUCAUUGACAUUUUUUUCCAAGACAAUCAUUGUUACAUCAUUUUUUAAUUACAUAUUUGAGAACAAAUUAUUUUUUUAAAUUGUAUAUUUUAAGUGGUUCUCAUUAUGUGGGGGGUCGAUUUUCUAACUAGCGUUUCUCAUUGUGUGUGAGUCAAAAGGGUGUUUUCUUUUUAUGGAAUACUUCUUUUGUAACAGAAUAAGUUUAUUUAAGUUUAUUGAGGGGUACUCAAGGUCGGGUUAUAGAUAUUAUCGAGUGUUUCUUAUUAGUUGGGGGUCCUUUUAGGUUGUAUUUUAAUAGUUUUAAAAUUAGUAUUAUUAUUGUAUUUUAAUAAGUUUUCUUAUUCUUGUAUAUUUUAAGUGGUUCUCAUUAUUAUUAUACGUGGUUUUAUAUAGCGUGGUACCCCAGCCUAGGGCUGGGCUCACCACGCUGUACUUACAAUUUAACAAACGUAAUAAAAAUCCAAAAUAAUUAAUUGGCGUGCAUUAGUUAAAUAAAGCAAAAGAAAUGUACACUUAAAAACAUUUACAACUCAAGCCAUGGACGACACUCAGUCAAGCCAUGGACGACACUCAGUCAAGCCAUGGACGACACUCAGUCAAGUCAUGGACGACACUCAGUCAAGCCAUAGACGACACUCAGUCAAGUCAUGGACGACACUCAGUCAAGCCAUGGACGACACUCAGUCAAGUCAUGGACGACACUCAGUCAAGUCAUGGACGACACUCAGUCAAGUCAUGGACGACACUCAGUCAAGUCAUGGACGACACUCAGUCAAGUCAUGGACGACACUCAGUCAAGUCAUGGACGACACUCAGUCAAGUCAUGGACGACACUCAGUCAAGUCAUGGACGACACUCAGUCAAGUCAUGGACGACACUCAGUCAAGUCAUGGACGACACUCAGUCAAGUCAUGGACGACACUCAGUCAAGUCAUGGACGACACUCAGUCAAGUCAUGGACGACACUCAGUCAAGUCAUGGACGACACUCAGUCAAGUCAUGGACGACACUCAGUCAAGUCAUGGACGACACUCAGUCAAGUCAUGGACGACACUCAGUCAAGUCAUGGACGACACUCAGUCAAGUCAUGGACGACACUCAGUCAAGUCAUGGACGACACUCAGUCAAGUCAUGGACGACACUCAGUCAAGUCAUGGACGACACUCAGUCAAGUCAUGGACGACACUCAGUCAAGUCAUGGACGACACUCAGUCAAGUCAUGGACGACACUCAGUCAAGUCAUGGACGACACUCAGUCAAGUCAUGGACGACACUCAGUCAAGUCAUGGACGACACUCAGUCAAGCCAUGGACGACACUCAGUCAAGUCAUGGACGACACUCAGUCAAGUCAUGGACGAUCCUCAGUCAAGGCGUAGACGACACUCAGUCAAGCCAUGGACGACACUCAGUCAAGCCAUGGACGACACUCAGUCAAGUCAUGGACGACACUCAGUCAAGUCAUGGACGACCCUCAGUCAAGGCGUAGACGACACUCAGUCAAGUCAUGGACGACACUCAGUCAAGUCAUGGACGACACUCAGUCAAGUCAUGGACGACACUCAGUCAAGUCAUGGACGAUCCUCAGUCAAGGCGUAGACGACACUCAGUCAAGCCAUGGACGACACUCAGUCAAGCCAUGGACGACACUAAGUCAAGCCAUAGACGACACUCAGUCUAGCCAUGGACGAUACUCAGUCAAGUCAUGGACGACACUCAGUCAAGUCAUGGACGACACUCAGUCAAGUCAUGGACGACACUCAGUCAAGUCAUGGACGACACUCAGUCAAGUCAUGGACGACACUCAGUCAAGUCAUGGACGACACUCAGUCAAGUCAUGGACGACACUCAGUCAAGUCAUGGACGACACUCAGUCAAGUCAUGGACGACACUCAGUCAAGUCAUGGACGACACUCAGUCAAGUCAUGGACGACACUCAGUCAAGUCAUGGACGACACUCAGUCAAGUCAUGGACGACACUCAGUCAAGUCAUGGACGACACUCAGUCAAGUCAUGGACGACACUCAGUCAAGUCAUGGACGACACUCAGUCAAGUCAUGGACGACACUCAGUCAAGUCAUGGACGACACUCAGUCAAGUCAUGGACGACACUCAGUCAAGUCAUGGACGACACUCAGUCAAGUCAUGGACGACACUCAGUCAAGUCAUGGACGACACUCAGUCAAGUCAUGGACGACACUCAGUCAAGUCAUGGACGACACUCAGUCAAGUCAUGGACGACACUCAGUCAAGUCAUGGACGACACUCAGUCAAGUCAUGGACGACACUCAGUCAAGUCAUGGACGACACUCAGUCAAGUCAUGGACGACACUCAGUCAAGUCAUGGACGACACUCAGUCAAGUCAUGGACGACACUCAGUCAAGUCAUGGACGACACUCAGUCAAGUCAUGGACGACACUCAGUCAAGUCAUGGACGACACUCAGUCAAGUCAUGGACGACACUCAGUCAAGUCAUGGACGACACUCAGUCAAGUCAUGGACGACACUCAGUCAAGUCAUGGACGACACUCAGUCAAGUCAUGGACGACACUCAGUCAAGUCAUGGACGACACUCAGUCAAGUCAUGGACGACACUCAGUCAAGUCAUGGACGACACUCAGUCAAGUCAUGGACGACACUCAGUCAAGUCAUGGACGACACUCAGUCAAGUCAUGGACGACACUCAGUCAAGUCAUGGACGACACUCAGUCAAGUCAUGGACGACACUCAGUCAAGUCAUGGACGACACUCAGUCAAGCCAUGGACGACACUCAGUCAAGCCAUGGACGACACUCAGUCAAGCCAUGGACGACACUCAGUCAAGCCAUGGACGACACUCAGUCAAGCCAUAGACGGCACUCAGUCAAGCCAUAGACGACACUCAGUCAAGCCAUGGACGACACUCAGUCAAGCCAUAGACGACACUCAGUCAAGCCAUAGACGACACUCAGUCAAGCCAUAGACGACACUCAGUCAAGUCAUGGACGACACUCAGUCAAGUCAUGACGACACUCAGUCAAGCCAUGGACGACACUCAGUCAAGUCAUGGACGACACUCAGUCAAGCCAUUGACGACACUCAGUCAAGCCAUAGACGACACUCAGUCAAGCCGUAGACGACACUCAGUAGCAUUUUUUUUUUGUCAGAUGUGGGAAUGAGUCAGGAUAGUAGAUUUUUAAAAAGAUGUGUUUUGAGAGCAGUUUUGAAGGCUGUGAUGGUCGGUAUAUUGCGGAUGUGUAAUGGAAGAGAAUUCCAUUGUUUGGGUGCACAGAGAGAGAACUAGCGUUCACCGUAUGUUUUUGUUCGAGUUCGAUUUUCUAAAGAGCGUUUCUCAUUGUGUGUGAGUCAUAAGGGUGUUCUCUUCUUAUGGAAUACUUAUUUGUAACAUGAUUUAUUUAAGUUUAUUGAGGAGUACUCACGGUUGGGUUAGGGUUCUUAUCGAUUAGUUCUCAUUAUGUAAGGGUCCUUUUGGUUGUAUUUUAAUAGUUUUUAAAUUAGUAUAAUUAUUGUAUUUUAAUUAGUUUACAUAUAUAUUUUAAGUGGUUCCUAUUAUGUGGGUGUCGAUUUUCUAACGAACGCGUCUCAUUGUUUGUGAGUCAUAACCGUUUUUCUUCUUAUGGAAUACUUAUUUUGUAACAUGAUAAGGUCAUUUAAGUUUAUUGAAGGGUACUCAAGAUUCGGUUAGGGAUCGGUAGUGAUUAAAGCGAUUGUUUUUGUUUAUUUUAUAGAUAUUGUUUUUUGUGUGGUGUGAUAAUUUAAUACGGCGUUUUUAGUGAGUAUUUUUGUUGUGGUAUGGUUGAAGUAAGUUUAUCGAUGGGUUCUCAUACUUGGGUUAGGGGUCAUAAGGGAAUGUAUUUGUUGUGGUAUGGUUGAAGUAAGUUUAUCAAUGGGUUCUCAUACUUGGGUUAGGGGUCAUAAGUAUUAUGGUAUGGUUGAAGUAAGUUUAUCGAUGGGUUCUCAUACUUGGGUUAGGGUGUCAUAAGGGAGUGUAUUUGUUGUGGUAUGGUUGAAGUAAGUUUAUCGAUGGGUUCUCAUACUUGGGUUAGGGUGUCAUAAGGGAGUGUAUUUGUUGUGGUAUGGUUGAAGUAAGUUUAUCGAUGGGUUCUCAUACUUGAGUUAGGACUCAAAAGGGAGUGUAUUUGUUGUGGUAUGGUUGAAGUAAGUUUAUCGAUGGGUUCUCAUACUUGGGUUAGGGGUCAUAAGGGAAUUUAUUUGUUGUGGUAUGGUUGAAGUAAGUUUAUCGAUGGGUUCUCAUACUUGGGUUAGGGUGUCAUAAGGGAGUGUAUUUGUUGUGGUAUGGUUGAAGUAAGUUUAUCGAUGGGUUCUCAUACUUGAGUUAGGACUCAAAAGGGAGUGUAUUUGUUGUGGUAUGGUUGAAGUAAGUUUAUCGAUGGGUUCUCAUACUUGGGUUAGGGGUCAUAAGGGAAUUUAUUUGUUGUGGUAUGGUUGAAGUAAGUUUAUCGAUGGGUUCUCAUACUUGGGUUAGGGUGUCAUAAGGGAGUGUAUUUGUUGUGGUAUGGUUGAAGUAAGUUUAUCGAUGGGUUCUCAUACUUGAGUUAGGACUCAUAAGGGAGUGUAUUUGUUGUGGUAUGGUUGAAGUAAGUUUAUCGAUGGGUUCUCAUACUUGGGUUAGGGGUCAUAAGGGAAUGUAUUUGUUGUGGUAUGGUUGAAGUAAGUUUAUCAAUGGGUUCUCAUACUUGGGUUAGGGGUCAUAAGUAUUAUGGUAUGGUUGAAGUAAGUUUAUCGAUGGGUUCUCAUACUUGGGUUAGGGUGUCAUAAGGUAGUGUAUUUGUUGUGGUAUGGUUUAAGUAAGUUUAUCGAUGGGUUCUCAUACUUGGGUUAGGGGUCAUAAGUAUUAUGGUAUGGUUGAAGUAAGUUUAUCGAUGGGUUCUCAUACUUGGGUUAGGGUGUCAUAAGGGAGUGUAUUUGUUGUGGUAUGGUUGAAGUAAGUUUAUCGAUGGGUUCUCAUACUUGGGUUAGGGUGUCAUAAGGGAGUGUAUUUGUUGUGGUAUGGUUGAAGUAAGUUUAUCGAUGGGUUCUCAUACUUGGGUUAGGGUGUCAUAAGGGAGUGUAUUUGUUGUGGUAUGGUUGAAGUAAGUUUAUCGAUGGGUUCUCAUACUUGGGUUAGGGUGUCAUAAGGGAGUGUAUUUGUUGUGGUAUGGUUGAAGUAAGUUUAUCGAUGGGUUCUCAUACUUGGGUUAGGGUGUCAUAAGGGAGUGUAUUUGUUGUGGUAUGGUUGAAGUAAGUUUAUCGAUGGGUUCUCAUACUUGGGUUAGGGUGUCAUAAGGGAGUGUAUUUGUUGUGGUAUGGUUGAAGUAAGUUUAUCGAUGGGUUCUCAUACUUGGGUUAGGGUGUCAUAAGGGAGUGUAUUUGUUGUGGUAUGGUUGAAGUAAGUUUAUCGAUGGGUUCUCAUACUUGGGUUAGGGUGUCAUAAGGGAGUGUAUUUGUUGUGGUAUGGUUGAAGUAAGUUUAUCGAUGGGUUCUCAUACUUGGGUUAGGGUGUCAUAAGGGAGUGUAUUUGUUGUGGUAUGGUUGAAGUAAGUUUAUCGAUGGGUUCUCAUACUUGGGUUAGGGUGUCAUAAGGGAGUGUAUUUGUUGUGGUAUGGUUGAAGUAAGUUUAUCGAUGGGUUCUCAUACUUGGGUUAGGGUGUCAUAAGGGAGUGUAUUUGUUGUGGUAUGGUUGAAGUAAGUUUAUCGAUGGGUUCUCAUACUUGGGUUAGGGUGUCAUAAGGGAGUGUUGUUUUUUAAAUUGUUUAUGUCAAGGGGAUGCUAAUGAAUGGCCUUGUUGGUUAUACGUUUAGUUAUUUUUAUUGGUUCUCAAGAUCGAGCUGGAGCUCACUACUCAGAGGUAUGGGUUGUAGUAUGUUUGGUGGUUCUCAUUGUGUGGGAGGUAUAAGGGUGUAUUCUCUCUUUUUUAAAAAAAAAUACUUGUUUAUUAACAAGAUAAGGUUAUUUAAUUUUAUUGAGGGUUAAUCAAAUGUUUCUCAUUUUGAGUGGUUCUCAUUGUGUUGGAGGGAUAAGGGUGUUUUCUUUUUUUUUAAAUACUUAUUUUGUAACAUGCUUAGGUUAUUUAAUUUUAUUGACGUAUACUCAUUGUAUAGGUUAGAGGUCAUAGAGGCUUCAGCAUUAAUGGAUGAAGGUUGAUUCAGGAUGUUGUCAAAGUGUUCAGCCCAGCGUUCAAUAAUUUUUCCUUCUCAGUGAUUAGAGUUUACACAUCAGCACUCAGACGUGGGGAUGAUCCUUGUGAGGUGGGACCGUAGACUGUUUUCAGAGCGAGGUAGACAUAUUUUAAGUCCUAUCGGUCCGCAUAGCCUUGGAUCUCGUCGGCCUGGCCACUUAAACAUUUAUUCUGCAUUAAACGCAGUUUCUGCUUAAUCGUUCUUCUUUUACGUUGGUACGCAUCUUUCGUUGGGAUUGACUUCGUGUUGUACGCAUCUUUCGUUGGGAUUGACUUCGUGUUGUACGCAUCUUUCGUUGGGAUUGACUUCGUGUUGUACGCAUCUUUCGUUGGGAUUGACUUCGUGUUGUACGCAUCUUUCGUUGGGAUUGAUUUCGUGUUGUACGCAUCUUUCGUUGGGAUUGACUUCGGGUUAUUUAGGGAAACGAGGUGGAGACGAUGUUUUUCCUGGAGCAUUUGCUUGAUUACAGCACAUGCUAUACUACUAACAAUGCCAUCCACCCAUAUUUCAAUUUCUAUGGAUAAAUAAAAGGCUCUUAUAGCAUCUUAUUCUCAUACAUAAUCCAUGUUGCGUUGUAUCGAAACUGUGGCCUUUCAAACGUGGACCGUCAAUCAAUUCCAUGAAAAAUUGUUAAACCUCAUUGAUACGACAAGUCUCUGAAAAAUCCUAAUCAUCAAAUGGCCGGAUAGUGUCCUAGACACUGAGAUACUUGCACAGGCAGGUCUCCCCAGUAUCCUUAAACUUUAAUGCAGUCUCAACUUCUCUAGGCGGCACAUGAGAUACGAAUGUCAAACGACCGCUUGCCCAAAACAAUAUCCUGUGGUGAGCGGUUGACCGGUGCAAAGAUGAAACGUUUAAAGACGCCUUUAAAGCUAUGCUGAAAAGCGUUCAAUAUAGACACGGUCACAGAGCGAAGAGUGGGCAAUGGCGUAAAAGUGUGGCGUUACUCUGUACACAAAGGCUCCAUACACCAUGUACCCAAACGAAUAGCGGCUGGACAACACAAAAUACAUCACAGAAAAACCAUGAUUAACUCUGUACCAUCAAUCAACGGCACUUACUGCACAAGAGCAUUUCAUGCCAGAAUUGAUUCAUCAGCCCUCUGCUUAACCGCACAAACGUUGACAAAAAGCAUGUACGGUGAUUUAAGGAAGUCGUAGUCUAUAUCGGCUGAAGAAAUGUACGAAUAUUUUUUGAUGACAUUUACAUUUCCUAGGCGUGACAUGAUCCACUCGAUAAUCUAUAAUAACCGAUCUCUACCCUAUACUUUAUCGCUUAAGACAGUACAUUAAAAACAAAAACUAAAACUGUAUUUAGCAACCAUUAGUCUCUAGCAACGCUCUAAACGUGGUGAAUUGCAAGGUGUCUAAGAGGUGUUUCCCCUUCGUCAUAGCCCCCAUAACCUAUCACAGAGUCGAAACUCCUUUCAUCUUUUCCCAUGCACAGCCGAUGUGUUGUAUGAUACAAUUCACACAAAUCGGUGAACAUUAUCAGGUUUAUUUAUUUCAUGGCUUCGUAUGCAUAAGAAUUAAAUACUGAUGUAUAGGAUAAAUAGAGUUGUCCAAAAUUCCCACGCAUCCUAUUAAAAAAAAAAUUAAAAACACUUUCACAUCAUCUGCCAUCCACUACCAUCGUUUUAAAAUCAGUGACCACCAACAACAUCAUUUUGACACAACCUUUUCAUUCUGGUACCCAGAUCUUGUGGAUGAGUUACUUAAAGUAAUGGAGUUGAAAAAUAAAAUUAAAAAAAAACAUUCUUUUUUUUCAUUUCGUUUAUUGUGUUAUAUUUUUAAUAAAUUUAACCAAAAUAAAAAAUAAAAAAAAAAUCUAUUUUUUUUACAGUGUGGUUGCCAACGUUCUGGUUUUCAAGUUCCUAUUCGGAAUGACGGAUUAUCUCCCUAAAGAUAUGCUUUUGCCGGAUAGGAUAUUUCCCAGAGAAAGUCUCUGUAGGAAAUCGUUGUUAAAGUUCUUUGCAGCCCCACUGAUCGCCCUUUACGUUCAAGAUUACUUCAAACCCGAAACGAAGGUCAAGGUAAAAUGUCUAAAUUAUAAAUCUGUUUGAUUGAAAAUGUCAUGUAAAAAAACCGUUUCAUUAUUUGUGACCCAAGUUGUAAAGGGUUUUCUUUUAACGAACCCAAGAACUGGCUGAAUUAAUUAAACGAAAUUUUCUGUGAUGGUGAUUCGAUAUAUUUAAAUAAAUAUUGAUAUCAGUCACAGUUAUUUAAAAGGUAUUGCCACUUGUGUUGCUAAAAAUAUAUUUUACGCAAAGACGGUUGAGUAUUUUUCUGGUGUGUUACGCACUGCCUUCUAUUGUGAGAAAUUAAUCUCUUGUUUUAAGUUAUUGGCUUGUAGUAAACAGUGCCUAACACAGGAAGAUACCAAAGAGAAAGACAAUAGCAAAAAUACGACACCCAAAACAGUACUAAUUUCAAUUAAUAAGGUUUAUUUAAGUAUGAAUAUAAGUACAAAAGUAAUAUAAUUACAAGCAUCAACUUACAGAGUAUGAGAAGUCUUGUACCGGUACACAGUUAGUACAAUGUGCCAAUUAAUAAUGUAAAAUGAUGAAUGCGAAUAAACACAUUUGAGUAAGCAAAGAAUAAUAACACUUGUGUCGUUAAGUUAAAAAAUAUCUCUAUAUCAAUCUCCGUGUCUCUUUCAAUUCCCUGGCUUUAUUUAUGUGGGUAUCGCCUGCUUCUAAGAAGAUUCGGGGGCAGAAUAUUCAUUGUAGUUGUGACUCGAAUAUUCUCCAAAUUUCUGUAAUGUAUCACAAUUUGGUACCUCAUUCGAGUCAAGAGGAACAGGCCAUAGAUUGUUUUGUGGUAAACAAAGAUCAAAAGAAAAUAGGCCACGCCCAACACGAGCGCUGUUUAAUGUGGGGUCAACCAAAGUUCACGGCACGGGGGAAGUCCUACUUAACAGGUGCAAUGUGAUUAAAAUAGAACAAUACACCGAACAUGUAUAAAUAGACAAUUUAGUUGGCAAUAUGUAUAAAAUUAGAAAUUAUUUGGAAAUAUAAUUUUUUUUUAACUAUUUGAAUUUGAGUAAUGUGUUUGCUGUAACAUGCGAUAUAGCGAAUGUCCUAAACAUCGUAAAACGAUAGUUUUUAUUUGUCUCAUAUGAUUCCACAAUCUUUUUUUUUUAUUCCUUCAUAUAUAAGAUGUAUAUCAUUUGGUUUAGUACAUUUUUUUUUUAUAUUUUCCCAUCAAAGGUCUCUUCCAUCUUAGUAAAUAUUAGGAAAGAAACUGUCAAAGCUUUUACUGGUCUCCAUUGGAUGGAUGAUAAACUAAAGGAAGCGUUAAUUCGAAAAGCCCAACUAGUGGAAAUGGACCCGGCUUAUCCCGACUGGAUUCUUGACCAGGUCACUCUAGACAAAGUUUAUGAAAAAGCUGAAAUCUUUCCCGAAGAGCUUCUAAAAAGCGUCAUUAGUAUCAGAAAAGAGAUUAUAAGGCAACGCUUUCAACUCAAGCCUCAUUCACCCACAAUGUAAGUAUUAAUUUUAAUUAGUUUGGUUUGGUAGCGAACAAGUAAUCAGCAGAGGUAAAACAAGUUAUUGAUCAUUCCAUUACUGUAUACAAAAAAUUGAACUGAAAGUUAUAAUUAAUAAAAUAAUAAAACAUAAUUACUAUAUUAAUGUUCUAAUUUUUUCUAAAAUGAUGAAGUCAAUGAUUUUUCCGAAAUAUUUUAUCGUAAAAUUUAAAAGGAACAAUAUUUUGUUUUUAAUGAUCCAAUUUAUUUUUAGUGAGCCAAUUCUAUAAGAAUUAUACACAGACAAGAGUUAACAUCAAUUUGAUGCCACUUUUAAACAUUUGACAAGGAGUUUCUGUCAAGUUGGAACAAAAUCUUGGUUCUUGAAACGUCAAAAUAAUUCAAUGGCCAUUAAAGUUUAGGGAGACACAAAAAGUUGCAACCGUAACCAUUUUAACCCAUGUCCCUUUUUUAUUGAAGUUGAUAACAUCUCGUUAUCUAUGAAAAUAUUCAGAAAUCAAAGAUUGUUUUACUAGCAAAAGUCAAAACGUGAUUUAAGCAAAUCUUUGUAAAAAAAAAAAAAAAGUGCGGGAAAUAAUAGGCAUAGGAGACAGGUCACUGCCUAGAAGACCGUUCACCUGUACAUCAACAAUAAAGACUUUUGACCAGUUUCUAAGCAGUGCUAACAAAAAGGAAUAUUGUGCACCCAACAGAAUUUAUAUGGAAAACAAAUUAAUACAAAUAAUUUCUACGUAGUCUCGAUCUCGUAUAUAAGAAACUGACAAUUUUACAAAGCUGCAAUGUCUCUGUAACGAUCAUAGAGUGAUGAUGUUCCUUGUGGUUAUUGCUUAUAUUAUUUAUUCACAUUCACACACGUCACGUCCAUGAUUAUCUAAAAAAGCACAAUGGCCAGAACUCCAAGAAUUUGCCUCACAACAUUUUAUAACUGAAUACUGUACACCACAUGAAAUAAUAUCUCCAUAAACCAGAGCAAAUAUAAUUGUCAAAACUUCUUCCACUUCAGAUUUGUUGAAUCAACAUUAAGAUGCUGUUUACUACAAAAGUAAUAAUAGCAAGUGCUAAAAAAGAAAUACACUCAAAGGCCAUUCAUCAGAUAUCUUCCCUCCGUAUCCCAAAACUUCCUUAACUCCCCGUUCCUUCCACAUAACAAAUCAAUACAUUAUUCGGAAACAAAAUUAAAAUCUAAAUAUUUGAUCUGUGACAGUCUCUAUUCCAUAUUUGAUCUGUGACAGUCUCUAUUCCAUAUUUGAUCUGUGACAGUCUCUAUUCCAUAUUUGAUCUGUGACAGUCUCUAUUCCAUAUUUGAUCUGUGACAGUCUCUAUUCCAUAUUUGAUCUGUGACAGUCUCUAUUCCAUAUUUGAUCUGUGACAGUCUCUAUUCCAUAUUUGAUCUGUGACAGUCUCUAUUCCAUAUUUGAUCUGUGACAGUCUCUAUUCCAUAUUUGAUCUGUGACAGUCUCUAUUCCAUAUUUGAUCUGUGACAGUCUCUAUUCCAUAUUUGAUCUGUGACAGUCUCUAUUCCAUAUUUGAUCUGUGACAGUCUCUAUUCCAUAUUUGAUCUGUGACAGUCUCUAUUCCAUAUUUGGUUUCUAUCUUGUACUUCCAGCCAUUUUCAUUACGUUCUUCUGAUCGUUAUUUUUGCUUGGGACUCACGCCUGUUCUUAUUCUUUUCUUUCAUUUAUAGUUAUUGGUAUUGUAAAUGUAAAAUAUCAUCAAAGCAGAGUAUUCUCUGUCUUCCGAACACCAUCUAAGUCUUUUUUUGUAUGUCUUGAUGAGGCUGCCCAACAUUGUGACGUAUAGUACGGUGUCUAGAGGUCGGUCCCUGCGUUAUGGACACAGAAAAAUUUGCAAUUGUAUAAAAUACGUUUCUUUCGAACUCCUACGUUGAAUGACCUUCUAGCCCCCUACAGAGCUGAUGUGUUGAAUGACCUUCUAGCCCCCUACAGAGCUGAUGUGUUGAAUUAACUUCUAGCCCCUUACAGAGCUGAUGUGUUGAAUGACCUUCUAGCCCCUACAGAGCUGAUGUGUUGAAUGACCUACUAGACCCUACAGAGCUGAUGUGUUGAAUGACGUUCUAGCCUCUACAGAGCUGAAGGGUUGAAUGACCUUCUAGCACCCCACCCCCCCUCCCCCCCCAAGAGCUGAUGUGUUGAAUGAGGUUCUAGCCCCUACAGAGCUGAUGUGUUGAAUGACCUCUAGCCCCCUACUUAGUUUAUGUGUUGAAUGACGUUCUAGCCUCUACAGAGCUGAUGUGUUGAAUGACCUUCUAGCUCCCUACAGAGCUGAUGUGUUGAAUGACCUUCUAGCCCCUACAUAGCUGAUGUGUUGAAUGACCUUCUAGCCCCCUACAGAGCUGAAGUGUUGAAUGAACUUGUAGCCCCUACAGAGCUGAUGUGUUGAAUAACCUUCUAGCCCCUACAGAGCUGAUGUGUUGAAUGACCUUCUAGCCCCCUACAGAGCGGAUGUGUUGAAUGACCUUCUAGCCCCCUACAGAGCUGAUGUGUUGAAUUAACUUCUAGCCCCCUACAGAGCUGAUGUGUUAAAUGACCUACUGGCCUCUACAGAUCUGAUGUGUUGAAUGACCUUCUAUCCCCUACAGAGCUGAUGUGUUGAAUGAUCUUCUAACCCCCUACAGAGCUGAUGUGUUGAAUGACCUUCUAGCCCCCUACAGAGCUGAUGUGUUGAAUUAACUUCUAGCCCCCUACAGAGCUUAUGUGUUGAAUUAACUUCUAGCCCCCUACAGAGCUGAUGUGUUAAAUGAACUACUAGCCUCUACAGAUCUGAUGUGUUGAAUGACCUUUUAUCCCCUACAGAGCUGAUGUGUUGAAUGACCUUCUAGAACCUACAUAGCUGAUGUGUUGAAUGACCUUCUAGCCCCUACAGAGCUGAUGUGUUGAAUGACCUUCUAGCCCCUUAAAGAGCUGAUGUGUUGAAUGACCUUCUAGCCCCUACAGAUCUGAUGUGUUGAAUGACCUUCUAGCCCCUACUUAGCUGAUGUGUUGAAUGACAUUCUAGCCCCUACUUAGCUGAUGUGUUGAAUGACCUUCUAGCCCCUUAAAGAGCUGAUGGGUUGAAUGACCUUCAAGCCCCUACUUAGCUGAUGUAUUGAAUGACAUUAUAGCCCCUACAGAGCUGAUGUGUUGAAAUUCAGAAAAGUGGUUUGUCUAAAUUUCUAUGACAUAGUUAAAAUAACAGCAUCUUUACAUUCAGAUUUAUGUAUGGCUUUUCGUCUCCAUGAUAUGACCCCCUCUACUGCAGAUGAUGUUGAUCCGCAUACCAUAGUUCUUAGCUAGAUCUGUGAUUCCCAUGACAUUUGUACACAACCGACAUGGAUGCGUUCCAAAUUUCAAGUUGAAGUGGGUUCAGCUUGGGUCUAAAUACAGUGUCACGCACUUGUUCGUGGAUUUCUCACCCAAUAAAAAUUUUUGCUCUCAGCUUAGCAUCAGUUUUGUUUGAUUCAUAAUGUUUUUUUAGAAUCUGAACGCCUUGUUCAUUACCAUGCAUGGCUACUACAAUUUUUUUUUACGACGGCAAUUUUUAUGGGAUGUUGUGUUGAGUGCACCUUAAAAGGAAUGACCAAUGAUUCGUAUGAAGUUGUGUGGAGGAGUACACUUUCAAUGGAACAAUCAAUAAUUUAUAUGAAGUGUGAUGCACACUUUCAACGGAUUGACCAAUGAUUUGUAAAACUUUUUGUUGUGCACACAUUAAGUGGAGCGACUCAUGUUUCGUAUGAGAUUGUGUUGAGUACAUUUUCAUUAGAUUGACCUAUGACUAAUAUGAGGUUGUUUGACGUUAACUUUCAAUGGAUCAAUCGAUGAUUCGUAUGAAGUUUUGUGACGUACUCUUUCAAUGGAUUUACCAUUGAUUCAUAUGAAGUUGUUUUGAGCACACUUCAAUGGAACAAUCCAUGAUUCAUAUGAAGUUUGUGUGAUGUAUACUUUCAAUGGAUUGACCAAUGAUUCGUAUGAAGUUGUGUGACGUACACAUUCAAUGAAUCGACCAAUGAUUCGUAUGACCUGUGACGCACACUUUCAAUGGUUCGACCAAUGAGUCGUAUAAAGUUGUUUUAAGUACACUUUCAAUGGAUCAAUUAAAAGAUUCGUAUGUAAUUGUGUAAAAUACACUUUCAAUGGAGCAAUCAAUGAUUAGUAACGCAUUUUGUGCCCAACAAUAAAAUGCUUAGAUCUGGGUCUGCUUGACUUUUUAUUGGUAGCUGUUGUGACGACUGAUUCGCAAACAGAAGCGGACGUAUGUUUUGUGUACUCCAGCUGUAGUUCUAGAAGAAGAGCUGCAGCGUUCAGGUUACAGCAGAUGUUCAAGUUGAUAUCUUGAGUAUUUGAUUACAUUUCAGGACGAGCUUAAUUGAAUAUUAAUAUAUCUAUUUGAGGCCGACAUUGAAACGUACGAUUUUGUGUUACCUUUGUGUAACACAGCUGUCAAGCUCGCUUUGCAGGAAUAUAUGAGCAGUCUCCACUAAUAAGAAAGUCAUUCGCAACAGAACUUCAUUCUUAGACCGAUCAUAUCAGCACAGAAACAGACAUCAUUUUGCACUUAAUAAUUUGUAUGUAUAUUAAUUACAAAAUAUUUAUUGUAUGAAUACAUUAAUUAAAAUCUAGACGCGGUGGGCAGAAUGUGACGUCAUACUCUAAACGCGUUAAAGUACAUUAAACCCUUCUUGUUUUACUAUCAAUAACAAAACAUGUGUUGUUCGCUGUAAUCUCGAGUCAUUUCGAUAUUUUCUAAGUUGCCCCAACAGAUAUUUCAAAUUAUAACAUUUCUUAAAAAUACCGGCGCGUACACAGGUGUGGUUGGAAUUUUUUUUUUUUAAAACAACAUAUGAAAAUGAGUCUUGUUAGAGACUUAACUUUGUAAUACAAGAUGACGCAAAAAAAUUUUUUUAAAAUUUAACGGAGCAGCAUAAAGCUGUUUAAUUCUAUUUCAUUUACUCAUGUUACGCUUUUAACACAAAAAAAGUAUUUUUAAAGGAUCUUUAAAAAAAAAGUAGGAAAAUUGAAACUAUGGGGUGUGAUAUUUGAAAAAUGAAUAGUUUUAUAAGUCAUUGGCGUCGAAAAUGCGCUGGUAUAUGCUAACAAGGGAUUUACUGUUUUGCUAAAAAUAUGUUAUCUAAAUACUCUAUUAGCUUUUUUUUUUUUUUUUUUUUUUUUGGUUUAAUUUUAAAUAACACACGUUAUUUUUAUAUUUUUUCAGGGUGGAAAAUAUAUGGUUUUAUUUUUUUUACUGUUUUGCUAAAAAUAUGUUAUCUAAAUACUCUAUUAGCUUUUUUUUUUUUUUUUUUAUCUUUGGCUUAAUUUUAAAUAACACACGAUAUAUGUAUAUCUUUUCAGAGUGGAAAAUAUAUGGAUUUAUUUUUAUGACAUUAUCAAUAUUUGAGGUUACAGAUGAGGGAAUUGGAAUUUAAUCAUUCUUAAAAAUAAAAAAAAAUAAAAUUUUAUAACGUUUCUGACCUUGUACGUCAUGGAUAAGUAUGGGGCUUUGAAAAUUGGCUGGUAAAUUUUAAGAGUACAUUGACCCACAGCCGGAUUAAGUUGCAGGCCUGAGAUUAGGGUGUUGGAUUAUGCUUAUCAUUGGAAAGGGGAGGCUAAUGGUUUGAGUAAAUGAAACCCCGGAAGUUCAUGUUAAAUUUUAAAACAUUGUAUUUCUUCUCCUGUUAAAGAACAUAUAUUGACGUGGUAGAGGGACACACUGACACGAUUGCCAGACUAGCAGAAGUACCGCCCACGUGAUAUCGUAUGGGAAAAAAAUGUAGAGUUUUACAGCCAUUUGGAGAAAAGCAACUACCUAAUGUCUUUAUACAAGAAACACAACACCACAACAAAGACUGACAAAGGGCAAGUUAAACUAAUCGCAACACAGACCGACACAGCACAGACUAGACUAAUCACAACACAGACCCACGCAGCACCGGCUCAACUAAUCACAACACAGACCUACAUAGCACAGGCUAAACUAAUCACAACACAGGCCGACACAGCAGAGGCUAAACUAAUCACAACAUAGUCCGACACAGCACAGGCUAAACUAAUUACAACACGGACCGACACAGCACCAGACGAACUCAUUUCAAUUGCGAGAGCAUGGUUUAUAAGAAUAUCAUCACCUGCAUAUGAAAUGACCUCCAUGCAAAAUGACCUGUAUCUAAAACAACUUGCAUAUGAAAUGAACUGCAUUUAAAAUGACCUGAAUAUAAAAUGACCUCAUAUGAAAUGACCUGCUUAUGAAAUGAUCUGUACAUGGAAUGACCUGCAUAUGAAAUGAACCCACGUUAAAUGACCUGCAUUUGAAAUGACCUCAUAUGAAAUGUCCUCAUAUGAAAUGAACUGCAUAUGAAAUGACCUCUCGUGAAAUGACUUGCAUAUGAAAUGACCUCGUAUGGAAUGACCUGCAUAUGAAAUGACCUCUUUUGAAAUAACCUGUAUAUGAAAUGACCUGCAUAUGAAAUAACCUUUAUAGGGAAUGACCUGCAUAUGAAAUGACCUGCAUAUGAAAUGACCUGCAUAUGAAAUGACUUUCAUAUAAAAUAACCUGCAUAAUGAAAUGAUCUUCAUAUGAAAUAACCUGCAUUAUGAAAUGACCUGCAUAUGAAUGACCUCAUUUAAAAUGACGUUAUUUGAAAAUUUGAAAUGAACUCAUACGAAAUCAACUCAUUUGAAAUGACGUCCAAGAAAUGAUUAAGGGAACCGAAAUAGACCUGAUCUCAGAUAUAAAAAAAAAAUUCAACAUUUUUUACAAAGGUCGUAAAAUGCAUUUGUUAACAUAUACAAACCGUAACAAAUAAACCUAACUUUAUUCACCCAGGGAACAGAUUAUACUUCAUGAUCGUGCUCACCUGGGAUUUGAAUGGUCACUGUCCUCAAUGGGGAAAACAACAUUACAAAAUCACUGGGCAGGCAAUUUUCUGUUUUCCUUCCUCAGAAGUUGGGAGCACAUGCCUUUCGACGACUAUGCUUUUUUCAAUGCUCGAUUGCUUACCAUCAAUAUCACCAUCUCUUACUUGCAGCCCCCAAUAUACAGUCCUCUCUUCCCGAUGUAAGUACAACUUUACGAAAUUUUCUCACGGAAAAUAUUUGCAGAUAAAUCCUGCAACUUCUUGUGUAUGCACGUAUUUUUAUUGAUUUUUAAAAAAAAAAAAUUAAUGGUAUCAGUCUAUUAAUGUAUUUGUUAUUUUAUACGUUUCUUUACUUAUACCAGUAUGUUAAUGAGUUCUUAAUUUUUAAAAAAAAUUAAUUAUUUGUACCAGUAUAGUAAUGACUUCAUUAAGUCUAGGGUUAUGGUGUUUUUUUUGUAUUAUGUCUUUCAAUCUAAUAAUAAUAGUAAGUGCCUUAAAUACUACAACGAUGUCUUAUACUAAAGCUCGAAGAAAACAGUUUUCACAACAAAGCUACACUUUAUUAAAAAAUAAACCAUUUGCACGUGAUAGAGAACACAAUAAAAAAUAUGACUUUACUUUGAAGAUUUCCAGUGAAGCAUCAAGGACAUAAUGACAAACGUGGUUACCGUUGCUAUGUGUAACAUUUAGACAAUGAAAUAAAGGCGAGGUUUAAUUAAAAACUGCAAGAGAAAAUGAUCCAUUAGAAAUUGACAUAAUUCACUUAGAUGCGAUGACCUAGUUCCCGGUUUAGAGGAUUGUCGUUGCUUGUUUAUUUUCGAUUUCUCACCACACUUACUUUGGCCAUAGAGAUAGACAGCACUAGUAAGACACACACACACACUGGCGAAUGGGUCAUUUUAAAAUAUCUGACCUCGAGUUGAACACUAAUUUGAGAUUUUAUACUCUGCUGGCGGGUCUAAACGAUUCUGAGACAAGUUUGAGCCAUAGAGCAAUACGAUACAUCAUAUGAUUUGAAUACUAUUUUAUUCAUUAUCUAGUGUUUAACAGGGCGCAGUUGUGCUUUAAUCGGUUUCGGAAAUUUUGAGAAAGCACCCGGUGUUAUAAAAUAAGAUUUAGUUUUUUCAAUUUCUAUGACAUGCAAUGAAAUCCAAAGCACUAAUCAGCAGUGAGAGUGCAUUGCCUUCCUCAACUUUUUUCUAGUAAGAGACAACCCACUGAACGGAAAGUUGCCGGAUCUCGGCAUAGAGAUGAUGUUGUACGAAAACCCAUCGACCGAGAAGAUACUGUCGUUCAUUUUAUAACAGGUUAAAAAAGGACUCACAUGCGCACACAGGACCGAAGUGAAAGGACCGCUCAGGACCCAGUUCUGUGUGCUGUACAGCGCAAGAAGAUUUUUUUUUCUUUAAAAGCGUGAUUAAAAAAAAAAAAAUGCUCUACACAGAAGAUACAAACAUGUUUACCGGAGUUCAGACGCCACGCAAGAAGCUCGCUGCGUGACUGUCUGUAUUAACCAUUACUUUUAAAAUAAAACAUUUGGAGGUGGUGGUGGGCAAUUUUAAAGAGGAUGCAGGUCGUACCAGAAGCAAAAUAGAUAUAAGAGGUCAAGGAUUUUUCUCUUCAUAAUCACCCUCGACAUGAGGUGAAAUCGCUGAGGGGAAAUUGUGAGGUGAAGACUGGUUAACGCUUCAUUUUAACACAGUUUUAAUUUUUUUCUUUGUUCACGAACCAAGCUUGAAUGGUAACACAUAUUAUCGUUUUGGAAGGAUAACAUUUGCAACAUUGCUUUUCAAGCAGCAUGAUUUCGAUUAGGAUACCACCAGUUGGUCAUUAUAACACGAGUAUUUCUAUUUAUAAAACAUUAGUGAAACUGAAAUAGUAGCAAUGGGGGCGUACUAUAAUAGUUUCCCAAACAAUUUAGAGAUCCUGUCGUUGAUACCUUCUGGUACUUGUAGUUUUAAAAAUUGUCCAGGCUAAUGCUACUCAUUUAUUAUUAAGUUAGUCCAACAAAAAUAUUUGACAAGCGUAUUCCAUAAUACACUCAUUACACACAUAUGACACAUAUGAUACACAUAUAACACACGCAUUAAAUAUAUUACCUUUUCACUUACAUUGAAUAACUUAACAAUUAUCUUUAGAUCAUUUCAGUACGGAAGUCUUGGUCGUUUGAUUGGCCACGAAUUCAUGCACCCCUUUGAUAUUGGUAAUAGACGGGUCGAUAGAAACCUCUUGCCGAUUUCGCCCGGCUGGACGUCUUCCGCUAAUGAAUCCUUCAUGGCGGGCGUCAGUUGUCUCGUUGACUUGUACAGUUCAUGCACGUACGAUGGCAUACGGGUAAGUUGAUGCAAUAGGGUUGUCUCAAAUACUUCCUACAUCAGGAGUCUCAAACUCGUAGCUCAAGGGCCCUUUGAGGCCCGCAAGACUAUAUUUUGAGGCCCGAUACAUGACAGCAAAGUUUUGCAUAAUGCGGUCCGCGCGUUUUACACAUGUUCAAAUCUAUAAUGUAACCCAACGUGAUGGUUUUAGUCGGAUCUCACCGACUAGUAUAAUCCUGAGUUUUCUUAUAUUUGUAUAGGUUUGAACGUUGAUUAUAAUUGUAAAGCAAAAAAUUGAAAUCGAAAUAAAAGUUUCAAAUUGAUAGCAUUUUAUAAGACAAACCUGGUCAAAUGUGUGGUUUUGAAAAAAAAAAGUUUUGAAAGUCAGUUACUGGGUAUGCACAACCAUAAUUGUGUAAAUCGUAGCAGUCUGACACAAGAACCCCUAUUAAAAUUGCCGCUAGUGUGUAUGAGUGACGAGUGAGUGCGAUUCCAAACCUAACAGCUUGGUCACUUUCCAAAUAGGGUUAGUCAGAAAGUAAUUGUAUACGAUUAAAAAGUAGCCAAAAGUAAUCAAUUUAAUUUAGUUGUUUUGUGUAUAGAUAUCUAUUUAGGGACAUCCUUCGUGGGCUGUUGAGAAGUUCGCAUACCUUGGCUCCUUUAUCUCUAGUUCCCCUCCGUUGAUAAAAGAGUGAGCAUCAUGAUUGCGAUAGCAUAGGCACCUAUGGCUACUUUGUAUAAAUUGUGGAAUAAUCUUUAAUAAACUCAUAGUAAAAAAAUAAGCAUUUAUAAGGCUGCGAAGUGUGGACCAAAUGCUCCAAUCAUGAGCUUAGAUCCAGAAGCUUCCAUCAAAGAUGUCUGUGUCGAAUUUUACGCAUUUAAUGGCAGGACAAGGUGCACACUUUUUUAUUUUUAAAUAUAAUAUUUAUAUAAAUAUAUAUAAAUAUAUAUAUAUAUAUUUAAAAGGAUAAUCAAAUAAUUAAAUGGAAAUUUUACAUUUACGAUUAAUCCAUAUUUGGAAAUAGAAUAGUAAAACAUAAUUACUAUUUAAAAUUUAGCUUCUGGUGUAUAUAAGAUAAAUGGUAAAACGAAUAAUUCAGCUUUUCGGCACUCUAAAAAAGAUAUGGAAUCCAUCAAAUACUCUCCUUCAAAUGAUACUCAAUUUCCUUGUAUUUCUUUUAUUUUUUCAUAUAUUAUAUACAUCUCCAAAAUAUUUUUGUCCGUUUAGUUCUUAAUUUUUCAAUGUAACAAUUCAGGUAUUCUUUCACUUCCUGUAUUCUUGGUUUUGGCAAAUACAGUUACCUGCAACAGUGAGGGUGAUCACUUAAUCAAUUUUUUUUUUAAAUUUAAUUUCUAUUUCUUGUGGUAUUUUCAUUUUUGCUGUCAGCUGAGGAAGGCUCUUAGUCAAAACGAUCUUGCUUGGUCAAGGAUGGGAGAAACCCUUUUGUUAUGUGCAUGUUACUGGUGUUAUGUUGGCUACGGAAAAGAUAUUUCAUUCCCCCAACAGUAGCAUCUUCCUACGCAUCAAUAAUUAAUCAUUAUGGUCUACUCCAGUCUACUCUUUGAAAACGUUUUAGUUUUAGAAUCGCUCGUUGGAAUGACCUUACUUUUAUUUUCGCUUUAUGCUUUUUUUUCGUCUGUGAGUGCUAGAGCUCAUUAUUCUCAUAUAAUUUAUUAGCUGGAUAUUUUUAGAUUAGAUCACCGCGAAUUGAAUUUCUUUCCUAAGGAUAUAACCCCGUUAACAAUGGUACGCAAUGUGACGGCCCGGUCUAAUUGUGGAGUUUAGGGGUGUCGCGAUGCUCAAUAUUCGAAUUUGAUUGUCUUGUUAGCCCAAGUUUUGGAACAAACUAGCACAAGUAUGUGCAGUGAUUAGUGAUUGUUUUCGCCAAAAUUAAUGUAUAUUUAUUUGAUGAAACUAAAACUGCAGAAAAUGUUUGCUGACUUAAUAUCAGCCAAAAGGAGAAGGAUAGGAUGGUUGUUCAUGUAAUAAACAGGAUCCCAAACGGCUCAUGGACUUGGCUUAUCUUGUUCACCUUACGCAGGAGCUUAAUGUACUCGACAAGAAAUUACAAGACUAGGGUCAGUGUUGCCUAUGACAAUGUCAGGGCAUUCUGCACAAAACUUGUGUCAUGGUUCCCAGAGAAAUCUCUGUCAUUUAUCAAAAUGCAAAGUACUCACGAACUUUGGCACACCAUUCAGUAGUAAGUAUGCAAAUGCCAUUGCAAAGCUACAAAAAGAUUUUGAUCACAUGUUUGCAAACUGCAAAACUCACAGGGCCACUUUUCAAAUUUUCGCUGACCCUCUCUCCUACAUCGUGGAAGAUCCUCCCACACCCCACCCCAAACAUUUUGCGCCUCUAAUGGGGCUGAUUGAUCUUCAGUGCAAUUCUGAACACAAUGCUUUGUUCCUGGAGGUGAAAGGGGAAAGAAACAGACAAGUUUGGACAAUUUAUGAGAGAAUCGCCCUCCAUUUUCCCUGAGAAUUUCAAGUUGUUCAAGCGGAUCAUGUUCCUCUUUGGGAGUAUCUGAGUGAAAAUCUUUUUUCCACACGUCAAAGUUCAGAGCAGAACUGACUGAUGAGGACCCUCCAACUAUACUGUGGGUCUCAGUUGCUUUCUCACUCCAGCCAAAUGUUGCUCAGCUGUUUUAAGAAGAAAUGCUUCCAGGUCUCUGGCAACAAUGAGUAGAGGAAGUAAGUGAAGCCUAGAUCUUUAGAACCUUUAAUGUUUUUAUUUUUUUAUUAAUAAAGUUUGAUCAGAUUGUACUAAUUAUUUUUACUGAAGUUUUUAUCACUUUUUUGGCCCAGUUUCACUCAGACUCUACCUCCUGUUGCCCCCGGAUAAUUUAAGUUUGAGAACCCUGUCCUUCAUGUAUGUACAACAUAGAUGUCCAGUAGAGACAAAACAUACACGAUGGUGUAUAGCUAAGUAGACGAGCUUUCAUUGCGUAAAAAUAUCACCUUAGACAGAUAUUUAAAACCACAUAUAAUAAUAAUUUAAGGGACGAGAAUAAAAUUGGGCAAAAAUAAUACCUUCAAGGAUGCAACCUCAAAAUUGUCUGAAAGAAACAGAGAAUUCAAGUAUGAACCAAAAUGCAUUCCUUUAUUUUGAAUUUUCCCGAGAGUCUUUGACACCCUAUUUUUCUGCAUUCAUCUCCCCUUACGUUGAGCAGUGUGACAGUAUGGGGUUUAAUCAAUGGGUUUGCCAAAUAAUUACUCUAUUUAUCCUCAUAACUGUACUGAAUUAAGUUCAUGAAGACACUGGGCUCCAUUACGCGCCCCUCCCCCCCAACCAUUUUUCGUUUAAAAAUUCCUGCCCCACAAAAAAAUAGAAACACCGAUUUCAGGUUUACUUGGAAAUGUACCUCUUGAUUUUGACAUUAUCAAAAAUGUUUUGGGUAGGUGAAUCCAGGGACAGUACUUUCACACUCACUUUCAAGAUAAAAGCUCUGUAGUUAUCCGAAAAUACCGCCCCAGCCAUAAUAAAAACUUGACACUUGGGUGGGCCACCCCAUUCCCCCCCAACCCUUCUACGUCUCUGGCAGGGGUGUAGCUAGAGUGUUUGGCACCAUGGGACAAUAUUCAUUUUCACGCCCCCCACCCCCUUUUUUUCAACUCUGGAAGCCAGUAUUAUUAUUUAAUAAAUACCACCAACGCUAAUUUUUGCGCCCCCACUAGUCUAGUGCCCUGGGACGUCUUCCCCCCUGAGCUGCCCCCCCAUUCCCCCCCAACCCUUCUACGUCUCUGGCAGGGGUGUAGCUAGAGUGUUUGGCACCAUGGGACAAUAUUCAUUUUCACGCCCCCCCCCCCUUUUUUUCAACUCUGGAAGCCAGUAUUAUUAUUUAAUAAAUACCACCAACGCUAAUUUUUGCGCCCCCACUAGUCUAGUGCCCUGGGACGUCUUCCCCCCUGAGCUAUGCAUCUGGGAUUUGACACUGCCCCCCCCCCAACACACACACUUAAAUCUAAAAUGCCCCUCUGAGGAAGAUGCCUGAAAGAAACAUUGUUCAUAUUUGUGAUGGAACAGAGUAAGCAAUCAUCCUAAUUGUUAGUGAGGAUAUCAAAUCUAAUAUCUUAAUGAAAAGAGCAGACCGUUGAGCCAGAGCUCAUUAAGACUUCUCCAAAAUACCCUCUUUUCCACCAACCCGAAAAGCGCUAGACAAGUCGGGCAACGAAGCGGCACGCUGGAGUCACUUUUUCACUGAGACAGCCCUACCCGGCUUUCACGCAAUUGACCAUGCAUGUGGGGCGACACCAAACAAUGAAAAGCUGGUGAUUCUCUCCUUUCUCCUCCUUUUGUUAGAGACUGCGAUGGAUAUAUUUUAAUGUCCCGAAAAAACAACCCGUCCAAUCACGGGAUGAUGUCUACUUGUUGUUUCUACUUUGUGAUUAUGUCACAUCGUAGCUGGGGCGAAAGAUUAAUAGCUAUUGUAUAUUAUGAAUUUAUUUUUAAACAACUGAUAUCUUUGACUAUUUAAGGCCAAUGGAUAUAAAGCCGUAAAUGAGGACGUCUGUGAUAAUGAAGGUCUCAAACUUGCUUAUCGGGCAUACAAAUCGUUAGGUAAAGUCUACGAUCCACGUCUACCUGGCCUGAACCUCACGGAUGACCAGAUGUUUUUCCUGGCCUUUAGUCAGGUAAGUUCCCUUAGAGAAUGAGAUGGGAUGUUAAAUUUUAUUUUUAGGUGUGUCAUUUGGUUUUUAAAAAUUCUUUUGAGAGCUUAGUCUAAUUAAGUAUUUAACCACCCUUAAAAUUCAGUCUGGUGAAAAAUGCAAAGAACCUGCUUGUAAAGUCAGUCAAAUGAAUUACAAAAACGUCAUGUUUAGCUUAUGUUUAUAUUCAAACUUGUUAUUGAAUAAUCCAUUCUCGAGCUCAUAUAAAUUCAAUCAAAUAUAAAGAUUUAGAUUGAAUGCUAGAGCUCUGUAGUUUAUAUCGAAAAUAAUGGUUCACAUAAUUGUUUUAAAAAAAAAAAACAGAUGCUAAUGAGAACUGGGACAAUGAAUUGCUGAGGAAAUGUCACAAGCAAUAAUGUACGGUUGGAACAAUGCAGCCAUAGUUCUACAUUCGUUGCAAAAAGUAUUUUGUUUUAGGGUGAUUUUCCUGUUCCUGUGUGGUACAGCAAAAUGCUAAAUAUAAUAAUAACAAAGAUUAUUUGAAAAUCACGUUUCAUCUCCAAAGGUUCAAAGCGCGGUACAUAACACAUUCAAGUACAAAAUGCAACACUACAAAAACUACAUACGAGAAUAUCCAUUCUAAGUCUUUCAUACCUUUCAACCAUAAACAACACAAGCCAAUAUACAUCUAAAAGAUAAUAGCUAGAUAGACAAAGUCACCCCAGCAGGUGUUUGCGAAAUAGAUAGGUCUUCAAAUCAGUUUUGAAAGACUCCAGUGUCUGGCUGCUUCUGUGGGCGUCAGAAGGUGUGUUCCAAAUUGUUGGGCGAGCAAAUGCGAACGUGCACCUUCCGUAAGUCUCAAGGCGAACACGUGGUAUCGAGAGUUUGCCACUAUCGGAUGAUCGGAGGUGUCUAGUGGGUACAUAAGUCGUCGGUAGCGCUUUGGGAUAGGACGGCGCCAGGUCAUGCAAGCAGCGGUAGCACAAAGUUGAAAUUUUGUACUCUAUGCGAGCGCGGACUGGCAGCCAAUGCAACUCUCUCAGAAGUGUUUUAGCAUGGUCGCUUUUGCGUUUUUGAAGAACAAUGCGAGCCGCAUUAUUCUGUGCUUUUUUAAUUUUUUUGAGAAACCUCGCCGGAAGACCCACCAUGAGAGCAUUACAGUAGUCCAUGCGGGAUAGCAUGAAUGCAGACUUCAGUCUCUUUGAUGCAGCUAACGUUAAGAAAGGUCUGAAAUGACUAAUUCUGCGCAGCUCUAGUAUAAUCGCCUUGCAAAGCAUGUUAAUGUGAUUUUCCAUAGCUAGUGUUCUGUCUAAGUAGACACCCAGGUUUAGCACUGUUUGAGCAAACUCAAUCUGUAUACCCAAGAGAGUAAGGGUUUGUGUGUAUCUAUAUGUUUUAGCGUUUGAGCGGUAGCAAUUGGGAUCAGCUCGGUCUUUUCAUCGUUCAAUUUCAGCUUGUUUAUUGUCAUGCAGUGCUUAACUGACUCCACUGUAAUUUAUAAGCCAUUCCCCAAUUAUCUGUAUCUAGCAGUACCGCAUACAACAUAUUUUAAUCCAACCUAUUAUCUGUUUCCAGCAUGCAGAACUUAAAAACAAAAAAACAACUGUCUACAUAGUCAACUCAUCAAGUUGUCAUGGAAAAUAUGUCAAACGAAUUUACAUCGUGUCUAUAUACUCAAAACCUCACUUGUUUUUGUAGAAUGACUUCACUAAUUGCUUGUAGUUUCUUGUUUUUGUUGUUGUAGUCACAUUUUGCAAUUAACAAUGCAAUGUGGUCAGUGGCAUAGCUAGGGUUGGUGCCGCCCGGUGGAGACAAGAUUUUUUCCCGUCCUAUUUCACUUAAAAACUGUACAGUAGUCAGAAAAUGACGCAACUUUGUAUUAGGUAGAAAUGCCACCCGGGGCGGGCGCCCUCUACUCCCCCGCUACCAAAGCCUCUGUAUUUGGUGUAAUGCACUCAAUCCAACCCAUUGGUGGUUUGAUAAGAAGCUUUGCUAAGCUGUCCUUUAAAGGCUAGAUUUGAAGCUCAUUUUAUCCUUAUUAAGUGUUGUCACUGGUAUUCUUGACAGCCUUGCUCAAACAUGAAUGCCUUGUUGUCCCUGGCUGCUGGUACAUCAGUUUGAAAAUUAGACUAAAGUUAUUUCCCUUUUCUUCUUUGCGUUUGAAAUUGUUUUUUUAUAGCAUUCUAGCAUCAGUCCUCUGUUAAUCGCCAAGUCAAUCCAUGAUAUUAAUUCGAGGCUUAUAAUCAAGAAAAUAGACUUAAUGUUUGAUUAAUUAAACAAAUUGCUGUAGAAAUCCAUUGCACCCAGUGAACACUUACAUGAACUAUAACGGUAUUUUUGUUUAGUAGUCAUUUGCUUGAAUAAUGUACUUUACUUUAGGUUAUAUACCUAUUCUGUCAGUAGUGUAGGAUUGGUUUGAAACGUACUUUACUUUAGGUUAUAUACCUAUUCUGUCAGUAGUGUAGGAUUGGUUUGAAACGUAAGUACUGCUCAUCUACGUUGACUUUGCUAAAAAAUAAACUAUAUUUUUAACACUCGGAAUUUAUAAAACGAUAUAUACAUUAAUUUUUUUGUAAACGUAUUUUACUUGACCAGAGUUACUGCAUAAUAGACGCAGGUGGUAAGGCGAAGCGUGGCGGAAAACAUAAUGCUCACAGAAUCAGGUAAGAAAUGUCUUGAAAACUUAAUUCAAUGAAUGAAUGAAACACGUACGAUUAAGUUUCUGACCUCUUUGAGUCAACUUUGUUUCUGAAUAAUUUCAUAAUAAUAAUUUUGACGAAUUUAUAUUCCUAUUGUUCUAAUCGUCUUUCUUUAACCAGGGCUUUGGGGACUAUCUCAAACAGUGAGGAGUUCGCCAAGGCGUUUAACUGCCCAGCUGAUUCACCUAUGAAUCCAAAGAAAAAAUGUCCAAUUUAUUAAAGGGCAACAAGAAAUGCA